AUCUAACCAACAAUCUUUAUUCAAUUUGCUAAUUAAAAAGUAAACUUACAUGAAAUUUCAGAGUGCCAAACAUCUAAUAAAUUCUGCCUUCCCGCACUAUCAAGAUCAUAAAACACAGCGGUGGCCUGAAAUGGGGGACGCAUCACUGAACAACACUUCAGCCACGUGACGGGAUCAAGAGAACAUGGUUCUCUUCCUUCAACUCGAACCUUACUUGGCUGAGAUUUUCUCACCAGUCUUUGUAUUUUUUUUUUCCCAUGGGCAACUGCCCCCUUGAUUAAUCCCAUUUCCCUUAGUCCUAGUUUUUCCAGGCAGCUGAGCAAACAAAGAUGCAGGCAGCCAUUUUAAUAUGCUUCCUCCCUCAAGCCCUCUGGGAUGGGCCGUCUGUUCAUCCUGUUCAUAAACCAAUGGCCUGAAUGGGCUUGGAGAAAGCAGCAAGGAUCUUCUGUCAGGAUUAAUUUUAAUAGGCCGUAGUCCGUCACCGGGGAACCACAGCCAGGGCAAAUGGCUUUAAAUGACUAUUUGCUGAUAAAAAGGGAGAUACGAGCUGACACUGUGGUUCCUCAUUUCGAACAAGUUGGAAUUCACGUUUACUGUGCGGUGCAGGCACUUUACAGCCGGGAGCCUUGGGUGGCUGAGGAAAUCUUUUGUUGCCAUGGGAUCACCGCGAAAUAGAAAGAGGGGAAAUGUGGCAUUUUGUACAAGUAUAGAAUUUUAGAGCUGAAAGGGAAACAGAACCUGUAUCUGUGAAUUCCUGAGGACUCACAUUUAGAGCUUUAUGUUGCUGAUUUCUGUGCAGAGAAACGUGAUUCCUCUUAUUGCUCCUUUCACUUUUUCGUCUUUCUCUUUACCAGUUCCUUUUUUCUACUGUUUUUCUCAUACCCAACUCCAGCUCCUUGUUCCUUCCCUGGCUUCCUCAUCCCUCACUAGCCGCCUCCUGUCAUUUCUCUAUGAAGCUCUUAACUGAGUGGCACAUGCAGUACCGUGGUGAAUGGAGCUCCUAGGUGAACAAGUCAGGAGGUCCUAGCUCUUGUCUCUUCCCCUUUAACGUGUGAGAAAGCAGUCUGGGGGACUGACUAGAAGGAACGGUUUUGUAAAAUGGCACACAGAUGUCAUUCAUUAUUGUUCAAUAAAGUCCUUGGUGUACCAUUCCUAAGUAAUUUUUCAUUAGCUGUGGCCAUUGUUUUGGAAUGUUUUAAAAUGCACAAUGUGACUGGACAUGGAGGCUUAUACCUGUGAUAUCAGCACUUGAGGGGCCAAGAUGGGAGGAUCAUAUGAACCCAGGAGUUCCAGACCAACCCUGGGCAAUACAGCCAGACCCCAUCUUUACACACACACACACACACACACACACACACACACACACACCAGCUGGGCAUGCACCAGUAGUCCCAGCUACUUGGGAGGUUGACGCAGGAGUACCCUUUGAGCCCAGGAGUUCGAGGCUGCAGUGAGCUAUGACUGUGCCACUGCACUUUAGCCUGGGUGACAGAGGGAGACCCUGCCUCAAAAAAGAGAAAAAAAAUCAGCAUGUUCCAUUCUCAAAUGGAUGCUUCAAAAAAAAAAAAGAAAGAAAAUAGAAUUUGCUUCAUAUUUAUUUAUGAUCCUUGGUUCCCAUCUCUUUCUUUUCAUCCAACCCCCCUCAACUUUCAUGGAUCAUAUCUCUUGUUCAUGGAGAAAAUGUCCACGUUCCUUUACAAACGUGAUUGACACCAUAAAAAAUGUUUGAUGCAAGUUCUGUAAUCUUUCUUAAGUAGCCCAGCUUGAGCACUUGAGCAAGAAGGCUGGUGACUAAAAUUAAACAAAACAAAACUAAAAACAGGCUGGUUGAAGUGGCUCAUGCCUCUAAUCCCAGCACUUUGGGAGGCUGAGGUGUGCAGAUCCCUUGAGGCCAGCAGUUUGACACCAGCCUGGCCAACGUGGCAAAACCCUGUCUCUACUAAAAACAGAAAGUAUUAGCUGGGUGUGGUGGCGCCUGCCUACAGUCCUAGCUACUCUAGAGGCUGAGGCAGGAGAAUCGCUUGAACGUGGGAAGUGGAGGUUGCGAUGAGCUGAGAUCACGCCACUGCACUCCAGACUAGGUGACAGAGUAAGACCACGUCUCAAAAAAAACAAAACAAAACGAAAACCAAGUGUCAAUGAAGAUGUCGAGCAACUGGUACCCUCAGACAUUGCUGGGGGAGUGCAAAAUGGUACAGAUACUUUGUAAACAACUUGAUAGGUUCUUAGAAACAUUUAUGUACCAUAUGACCUAGUUAUACCAUUCCCAAGAGAAAUGGAAGCCUAUAUUCACACAAAAACCUAUACACAAGACUUAAAGAGACUAGAUUCAUACUCAGCAAUAACUUAAAGCAACUCAAAUAUCCUUCAACUGUUAAAUGUAUAAACAAACUCAUACAAUAGAAUACCACAGCCACAGAAUACAAUACUAUUUAGCGAUAAAAAGGAGCGGGCUAUGAUACCUGCAGUGCCAUAGAUGAAUCUGAAAACUGUUACGCUGAGUCAAGCCAGAUUCAAAAGGCUACUGUAUGAUUCUACUUAUAUGACAUUCUGGAAAAGGCAAAAGUCUAGGACAGAAGACAGACUAGUAAUUGCCAGGAGUCGGGGUUCAGUGGUGAGGCUGACUACAUUUUGGGGGUGAUGAUAGAACUGUUCUAUGUCAUAAUUAUGGUGGUCAUCGCAGAACUGUAUACAUUUGUCAAAACUCAGACUUGUCCACUAAAAUGGGGGUGUUUUACUACAUGUAAAUUAUAUCUCAAUACAUCCUCUGACAAAACAUACAGUAUUAAUUUGCAUGUUAUUCAGCUUAAAAUAAAUGAUCUUGUUCUGCAAAGUUUUAUAGAUUCAACGUUGUUGCUAUCUGUAGAUUUAAUUCUCAUUUUAAUUGGUGUAGUUUUCCAUUUUGGCUGCCACUAUAAACAACGUGGCAAUGAAAGCACUGACACACAUCUUUAGUGCAUACAGAGUUUCCUUAGGAAGGCUGUGUACGUAGAGGCUGUUAAAUUGUAGAUUUAUGCCUUCCAGUUUGCUAGAUAUGGCUGCAUACCUUUUCCCAGUGUUUCUGCCAGUUCAUUCUCUGCAACACGUGAGCUCCUAUUUCUCCAAUCAGAAAGAGUUUGGGAUUUUUAAGAUUUUUGUUUUACUUUGCAUUUCCCUAAAGUUGAGGAUCUUUUUUUAAUUAUGUUUUCUGGUUUUUUCAGUUUCCUCUUCUGUGAACUAUUUGUAUUUUUCCUUUUUUCCCUGCUGAUUUGUUUUGCUUAUUGAUGUAUAAGAAAUUGAGUUUUUGUAUUCUAGAUGUCACUUUGCUGAUUAUAUAAUAGCCUUGUUACUGUAAAUCAAAAGUAAAAUGAGAAGGCCCCCUCAACCUUCUGGACCUCCUCCUCUAGGCCAGGGUCCUCCAAAUUAACCUAAAAGACUGACUAGGCCAUGACAGGAAGGGGCAUCAGACAUGCCUCAUUUUGCUGUCCUUUUUCUUUUGGAAUCCAGAAAAAGCUGCCCAGCAUUUAAUAUCAACAUGGACUUUUAAGUCUGAUAAGAAACAUUUUCAUCUUACUCUUUCUGAAGCCUGCUAAUUGCAGGCUUCAUCUGCAUGGUAAAAUUUUGGUCUUCACAACCUCUUAUGAUAACCCAGACAUUCCUUUCAAUUAAUUGUGGAUCAGAAAAAAAAAAUUAAAUCUACCUAUAACCUGGAAGCCCACCUUCCUGCACACUCCUUCUGCUUUGAGUUGUCCCAGCUUUCUGGAUUAAGCCACUGUUCAUUUUAAAUGUGUUUGAUUGACGUCUCGGAUCUCCGAAAAAGGUAUAAAAUGAAGCUGUGCACCAGCCACCUGGAGCACGUGUCCUCGGGAUCUCCUGAGGGCUGUGUCAUGGGCCACGGUCACCCAUAUUUGGCACAGAAUAAAUCUGUUCAAUAUUUUACAGAGUUCGAUUUUUUUUUUUGCCAACGCCACAGACAAAUCACCUGAUUCAAGGAACUUACUCAACUAUUUCUCAUUCAGUCAAUGCUGGAGCAGGUUUAAGUGCCCUUUAAAGGAAGUCUUAUACUGAGAAAACUUGUUUUGAUAUGUUAACGAGUCUGAUCAAAAUGGACCAGAUUUUGGGAAUAGAGAAAUGGUUGCAAUUGUGCUCCCUGGAAUAGCUCUGGAUUUUUACCUAGAUCGUCUGUCUCUUUGGGACGGAGCUGUUUGUGUUUAUGUAGCAUCUUACAUAGGAUUGACACACCUUCAAUCUUCUAUAUCAAAAAAAUUGGGGGAGGGCGUGGUUUUGGAGGUUAUGGCGUUUUCAAACCUCCCAAGUGACAUCUGCUGGGACUGCAUGUCUUCCAACUCUUUCUACUGGGAUGCACCUCUGGUAGAGGAACUACAAGAAGGUAAAAGCUGGGUCCGAUACGAACCUGCCUUCUUCUCAACAGCUGUAAAGUAAAGUCUUUUCAACAAUUUUACACAUUUGGAAAUAGGUCUAAGUGAAGACGGGGAUUUUCAGACUGGUACGUUGGAAAAGCAGCUGGGCUUUUGGGUUUGAAAUCGGGUGCUGUCGCUGGUUUUGUGCCCUGGGAAUAUUUAUUUCCGUUUUCGUGACGCUGUUUUUCUAUUGGCAAAGUAGGAAAUUAGAAAAGGUCGUCAAGCGGUUUGUACAGCCGCUCCCACUCCUCACCUCUUGUGGGCCUUGGACAUGUAUGUUGGGGGAGACGUUCCGGAUUGUUGCAGUGAUCUGGGAGUGCCUGGCAGCCAGAAGCACCUGAAUGUCCCGCUGCAAACGCCGUUGCGCCCCAAGAAGGGACCGUCCAACUUGAACAUUUCCGGACGUCACGAAGCCGGGCUAGGAGGCACCACACGCAGGCCGGAGUCUCCCACGCCUUGUCUCACACUCUCCUCUACGUCAUUAAUGGCCAGCUCAUCCUUAAGGUUUCCACUGGAAUCUCGCUUUGCAGACACCCUCCGAGGUGUCCAACGCAACGUUACUAUUGUAUUAUUAUUUGAUCGUCCCCCUGACUUCCCCACUCCGUAAACUCCAACUAUAACAGAGGACGUGGCUAUUUGGUGACUAACACGUCGUGUUUGGUGAGGUCACCCUGGCGCAGAACACUUUCUGUACAAACCGAUGCGCCGCUGACGACGGGUGAAACGCUCACACGAGGGGAAAGGGCGCCAAGCCGCGGCGCCGGCGUCAUGACGUCACUUCCGCCCUGCAGCGAUUUCCCCCGGACGCCCCCUUUCUCCCGGUCCGUGUUUGUUUCCGGCAUUUCAAUAAAGCUCGAUUCGGCUCGAAGAAGAGCCCGUUCUUCCGGGAAAAUGGCGACUCCCGCUCAUGCCCCGGAGUCACCGGCGGCCGCGGAUCCGGCGCUAGCUGCGGGGCCUGUUGAGGAAGCCGAGUGCCCGCCGCCACGCCAGCCUCAGCCUGCGCAGAAUGUCCUCGCUGCCCCGCGGCUUCGAGCCCCAAGCACCCGAGGACCUGGGGCAGCGGAGUUUGGUGGAGCUGCGGGAAAUGUUGAAGCGCCAGGAGAGACUUUUGCGCAACGUAAAAUUCAUUUGCAAAUUGCCCGACAAAGGUAAAAAGAUUUUUGACUCUGUUGCCAAACUGAAAGCUGCCAUUGCAGAACGUGAAGAAGUUAGAAGAAAAAGUGAACUGUUUCAUGCUGUUAGUUUAGACUGUCAGCUAAGGCAAGAAGCCACUGCAGAGGUGGAUGUCGAUACAGAUAAGGCCCGGAAUUCUGACCAGAUACUUGAUGCUUCAUCACUAGCUCCUGGCUGUUCCUCUGUAGAUAACAUCAAGUCAUUUGAAACAACCUCACGAAACCAGGGACUUGGACGUCCUACUCAUGAAGGUGAUGAAGAGACUCCAGAGGUUGAGUACGCAGUGAGUAAGGGCCCAGCUUCCAGCAACAGAGACGGAGCGCCGCCUUCGUCUGAAGCUAGUGAGCAUCACCCGCAGCAUCGUGUUUCAAGUCAAGCAGAAGAUACUUCCAGCAGCUCUGACAGCCUGUUUAUUGACAGGUUACAGGGGAUCAGCAUUGCAGACCAGGGUGAACAACAGUCAGAAGAAAGCACAGGUGCCAUGAACUUGACAGGCCUUUCUCAUGCGACUCAGAAGAAGCCUCAUUACAUGGAAGUGCUAGAAACGCGAGCCAAAAACCCAGUGCCCCAGCUGCAUACAUUUAAGACCAAUGUAUUACCUUCUCGACAAAUUGAUUCAUCUGGUGACGGUCAGAAGAGAAGGUCUCCCAUUUCCGCAGAAGAGCGGCGGCGCAGGGAUAAGCAGCACCUCGAUGACAUCACAGCAGCUCGGCUUCUGCCCCUUCACCACACGCCCGCGCAGCUGCUCUCCAUAGAAGAGUCUUUGGCACUUCAGAAACAGCAGAAACAGAAUUAUGAGCCCCUGAAUAGAAUGACACUCGUGGACCCGGGACUGCAUCAUCCUUGUGUCUGACACAGAUGCCCUUUAAAUAGCUUUGAAGAAAGAAGUCCUAGUUCUGCUUCUGACACUUUCAGGAGAAGGAAGCUUUAGGUAAGCCACAGUAUUUCUAUUCAUCCAGUUUCAAUUCUACAAUUUUUUUUUUUUUUGAGACGGAGUUUCGCUCUUGUUUCCCAGGCUGGAGUGCAAUGGCGCAAUCUCUGCUCACCACAACCUCUGCCUCCUGGGUUCAGGCAAUUCUCCUGCCUCAGCCUCCCGAGUAGCUGGGAUUAUAGGCACGCACCAACCAUGCCCAGCUAAUUUUUUAUAUUUUUAGUAGAGACGGGGUUUCACCAUGUUGACCAGGAUGAUCUCGAUCUCUUGACCUCGUGAUCCACCUGCCUCGGCCUCCCAAAGGGCUGGGAUUACAGGCGUGAGCCACAGUGCCUGGCUUCAGUUCUACAAUUUGAUAAUAGUAGCUAACAUUCACUGAGCCCCUACUAAAUGCAAAACACUUACGAGGACCGAUAUGAAGGAAAUAUAUGUAUAUAAUAUAAAAAGUCAAAUGGAACUAGAAGGUUUAGAAGGAAAACCAGAAAUCCUCUUCUCAGACCCAUUCCUUCUUCCCUAGAGGAACCACUUCAGCUGUUUGCAGGUUGUCUCCAGAUUUCUAAGUAAUAUGCAUCUAGUGCUAUUGUUUCAUUUUUAAGAUAGACAUUAUCUACUGGCUGAAGAGUGUGGUUUAGCUCCUAUACUCCAUCCAUUCCCAUUCCCUUACACGCUGCUCCCCUCAUCCUUUCUACUUUUUAAUUAAAUGUUCAGUGUUUAUAUUAUAAUGACUAUAAAUAAUAUUUCUAUUAAUAUUUUCAAAGUGUAUUGAGUUUUCCUUCUUGAGUUUGCUUCGUAAUCUAUAGUCACUUUGUUUAAUUUUCUCUGUGUCUAAAAAUGAAGUCUCAAACUUUCCAACAGAAGCAUAGAGCUCCUUUCUGUAUUGUCAGAUGAGUGAAACAGAGUAUGACUCCGUUCUCUUUGACUGGGAGGCAUGCCUGCUGGCGUUCUCUGUCCUGGUGCGCUCUGGCCUAGUGAUCUACCACACUGUCAUUCUGAGACCUCCCUUCUUUGCUCUCACCCAGAGGACUCUCUUUACCUCACUCCUGUAUAUGAUCUGCUUUCUGGAUCUCAUGACUUCAUCUUUCUCAUUUUUCUCUCAAGUGUUGAUAGAACACAUCUUUCAGCAAAUAUGAAAGUUGCAAAAAGGCAGCAUAGGAGAUGAAUUUUUCUAUACCUUGUACAUUGGAUGGUUUGGUUUGUAGUUUGGCUGGGUAUAGAAUUCUAAAGCAUUUCCCCCCACCCCCGACUUAGAAUCUGCUAUGCAUUAAUGACUCUGCUGUCUUUUAGCUUGUAGUCAUGGAGGAAUUCAAUGGCAUUCUAAUUCCAAAUCCUUUAUAUGUGACUUCCCUCACCCCUUUUCACUCUUACUUUUUUUUCUGCUCUCAACAUUCAAGUCUUUUUUUUUAAUCUCUAGGAUAUUAAAGUUCCACGAUGAACUCACUCACUUUGGUGUAAGCACCCUCCACCCCCCCUUUUUUUGUGGAGAUGUGGGGAGAGCUGGUGGUUGUUGGGCUCAUUCCAUCUAUGAACGUCUGUCUUAAUUUCUGACAAAUUUUUCUUGUAUUAGUUGAUAAUUUACUCUUUACCAGUUUCUGUCUUCUCAUGUUGGAACUUCAGCUAGUCAGAUAUUGGAUCUCCUGGAUAAUUACUAUAAUAUUUUAAUUCUUUGUAGUUUUAAAAAAUUCUCUCUUUGAAUUAUCUCUGUUUCUUUCAAGUGAUUCCCCCUCGCCCCGCCCCCCACACCUCAUUUGCUUUUGGUCUCUAUCCUGUUAGAGGCUCUCUCCUAAUCUCUUCUAUCCUUGCCAUGGAGAGAAUCGCUGAAAGGCUCUGGGGAGGUUCUGUGAAUGCCUGGAGUGAGGGGCACCCAGCCUUUCUUUAGGAGAUCCUCAGAGGUCAGCAUCUGUCCCUCUAUCAGGUUCUUUGGAAAGUGCCCUGCCUCUAGGGUGCGUGCCUGGCUGCCAGCACUUGGGGCAUGGUGCUAGACCCUCACAUCCAGCCCGCAGUCUUUCACGCUAUCCCCCUGUUGUAGAUAAAUUGCCUCACACUUCCUUCACUGUGCGCCCUUGUGUAUGCUUGAGUGUCCACUGAGUGUCCCCGGGUUUGCCCCUCGUCGGCCUCUCACUGGCUGCAGGGGUUGGAUGAAGGGGCAGGGGGGCCUGUCCCCUCUUCAUGCACAUGACGAGCAGAUCCUCUGGUUUUGUUCCGGCCCGCCUCUCAUUCUGGCUUGCAGAGGAUCUCACUGCCUCCCUCUAACUUUUCUGGGGUUCAGUGGUGUAAGCUGGCUUGCUUUUAUUGGGUUUUCUCUUCUGCAGACAGUCACCUAGUAGCUUUCUUUACACUAGUGAAUGGGUAGAUGAGUUGGUAUCUUUCCUAAAAUCUUCAUCAGUCUGGACUCAUUUGAGCAGGGCUGCAAGGUAGAAGGAAGGUAAAUGCAUGUUUCAGUUUGCAGGGUCUAAGUAGAAUUCUUAAACAAUCAGUGCAACGAGUUGUAAUGUGAGUAUCAUCCCCAUUUUACAGGUGGCGAAACAAGUGUCGUGUCGGCCAAACAGCUAGGAAUUGGGAGAGUUGCAUCAUUAGGCCAGAUCUGUCUGACCUCCUGCCUCGGAGCACUGAGCUUAGUCCAGAGCAGUGGUUCUCAGCUCCUUUGAGUUACCAGCACCCAGGGAGCUGUAAGAAAUGCUAAUACCUAGGCUACACUGAACCAAUUAAAUCAGAAUAUCUACGGUUACACUCCAGGCACUGAUCUGUUUUACAGCUCCCCCGGGAGACUCUAAUGUGCAUCCCGGAUUGAGAACUGAUGUUCUUCUAGCUCUAGGAUUCUAUCACUUCCUUUCAGAGCAGAGGAUUAGCCUGCAUGUGACAGUCUGAAUCUGUCUGGGAGGCUCCUGGGACCAUUCCCUCAAUCGCUCUCCAUCCUUUCCUCUCAUGCACCAUUUUACUGGCUCUAUUUAGAUAGAGAUGUCAGAUUUAGCAAAUAAAAACACAGGACACCCAGUUAUAUUUGAAUUUCACAGUGAGAACACAUGGACACAGGGAGGGGACAUCACACAACGGGGCCUGUCAGGCGUUGAGGGGCAAGGGGAGGGAGAGCAUUAGGACAAAUACCUAGUGCAUCUGGGGCUUAAAACCUAGAUGAUGGGUUGAUGGGAGCAGCAGACACCACGGCACAUGUGUACCUAUGUAACAGACCUGCACGUUCUGCACAUAUAUCCGUGAACUUAAAGUCUUUUUUAUAAAAUCUGAAUUUCAGAUAACAGUGAAUACUUUCUAAAAGUAUAACGUCCAUGUAAUAUUUGUGACAUGCUGUGCUUUUACUGAAAAAUUAUCUGUUGAUUAUUUGAAAUGCAAAUUGAAUGGAAUGCUCCAUAUUUCAUCUGGCCACACUAGAUUCAGAGCCCCAGUGUGCAGCACAGUGGAGGUUGGGGAGCGUUCCUCUGGAAGUAGCCCACCUGCAGACCCUCUGUGCUCCCCAGGCUCCCCCGGGCAUGGCCGCCCCUCCUGGAGGAGAAUCCAGUGCCUGGCAGAAAUGAUGCUCCCAUUUUGCUUCAUUUCCCUCUCAUAAAUAGUAAGUUCAUAUUUCUCAAUGACGGCGCAAAUGCAACCCUUUCCAAUAUAUCUUCCCCGUGUUUUCCGGUGUCCCCAUGGCAUUUUGUUUGGUAGUCAUUAGCCGUCACACUUACGGAGUUUCAUGGCCCAUGUUGUGAGAUGGCACCUGCCUGCCUCCGCCAUGUGACUGAAAGCAUCUCCAGGGAAGACACCUUGUCAUUCAUGUUCCCGUGCCCUCACCAUUUGUCUCCACGUUUCCAGGGCGUGGUAGUGGGACAUGGGGGCACUUAGGAAUGUGGUUGGGAAGUUACAUCUUCAUUGCCCUUAGGCUUCUCCCCCAACCCCUAACAGCCUUCCCUGGCUUUGGCAAAUGUCCUUUUCCUGGCAAGCAAGGCACUAGGGCAGACACCUUAAGGAGGCACUCACUCUCGGGGAAGUGCAGGUUCAAGGUCAGUACAUGCAUGACCCUGAGGGGCACCUUAAAUCUUACACCCCUUGCUUGGCUUGCCUCACCCUGGGCUGGCCCUGCCUCUUUGAGAAGGCAGCACCCACCCCUUGGCACAAAAUAAAACAGGCCUUAGAGCGCCCAGGUAGCAACGUGUGCCUCACAAGCUCCAUGUGCCUCACGGGCUCCGUGUGCCUCACAAGCUCCGUGUGCUUCCUUUUUGUCACCCUUGCCCAUCCACCUGUGCAUGCUGAGGUCUCUCCCUUUGGCAGGACCUCACCGCAUUGCCAGCACACUGCGAAACGCACGCUCUGGGUACACAGAAGAGCCUGCAGAUAAACAUUUAUUGGCACUUAAGAAACUGCGGUAACAAUGAGAAUCAAUUCCUGUCCUCAAGGCAUGUAAGAGUCUUAUGCCUUAUGGUAUAGUCCUAGUUAUAUAUCGCUUAUAUUAUAUGCCUCUCUGUUAACAAAAACAUAUUCCCUCCAAAAAGAAAAGAAAAGAAAAAUCACAAAGCUUUAUCUUCGGCAUUAUCUUGAUCAGAAAUAGGGUCACCGAUGCCCUUAACAGACUGUAGAAAGCCCUUAGCCUUGCAGACUUUGGUUUCUUAGUUAGUACAAUAACGGGGAUCAGAUGAAACAAUUUCUGGGACCCCUCUGUGUCUUAAAACUUCCGUAAUUUAUCUAUCUUUGUAGUUUAUUGUCUACUAAACUGAUACUUAACUCUUAUGAAGCAACAAAAAUAUGUCAAUUUUGGAUCUCUUUCCCUGGUUCAUCACUUAAUUUUGUUCCAUAUCCUGGCAAACUGCUUUGUCUGAAGCCUAUAUUUUAAUUUUUCUCAAUGCAAUUUAUCCCUUAUAACUCUUUUUCAUGUCCCAUAAAAAUGAUGGAUAAGGGAAGGUAGGUAACGCUGCAGAUCACACUGAAAUUCUGAUAAUCUAAUAAAUGCUUUGAGCACCAAUCUUGCAGUUUACGACCUCUUGCCAAUUGAUUUAUGGCCUCGUAGUAAAUUUUCUCUCCCACUUAUCAAAUAUUUAUUGGAACAUCUUGUUCUUAACAGACAAAGUACUGUAUAAAACAUCUGUCAAAACAAAAGCCAAUUCAAUUAAAUAUCUUUUACUUCCAAAUCUACUUCUCCGGUUCUCUCCAGCAUCCAGAUUGUAAAACAACAAGCUGCGUUAUACACAAUCUUUGGGCAAGUUUUCAGAAGCCAAAAAUGGACGCCAUUAAGACUAAAGUUCAUCUGAAAGGAGUGAAAAGUCCUUCACAGUGGAGGGCUGGCCCCGCCGGUCAUCUUUUCACCAGGAGUGGCUCUGUUACUCAUUCUCCCCCCAGAGACCCUAUAAUCUGCAAGAUUUUCUUGAGAAACAAACUUCAUUUACUUGAUAGUCGCUGGUUUAUUAUUAAUCCAAAGAUGUAUUCAGCACGAGCUCCCCUCGACAAUGCACGUCUAGUCACAGAGUUGACUUAAUUCCAGCUAAAACAAAGGAAAAUAAAUGUAUGUGCAAUUUCUUUUGGCAUUUUGGAAAUACUAAAAUAAUCUAAGGGUCUCUCUGUUACUGUCUGUGAGUCUUUUGAGUUACUAAGCGAGUGUAAACUGAGACAUUUUUCACUCAGAUUCUCUUCUUCUCCACUGUCAAGUCCAAGCAGAAUAAAAAGAAAAAAGCAUUUAGGCCGGGCGCGGAGGCUCAUGCCUGUAAUCCCAGCACUUUGGGAGGCCGAGGUGGGUAGAUCAUGAGGUCACGAGAUCGAGACCAUCCUGGUUAACAUGGUGAAACCCCGUCUCUACUAAAAAUACAAAAAAUUAGCUGGGCAUGGUGGCGCGUGCCUGUAAUCCCAGCUACUCCGGAGGCUGAGGCAGGAGAAUUGCCUGAACCCAGGAGGCGGAGGUUGCGGUGAGCCGAGAUCGCGCCAUUGCACUCCAGCCUGGGUAACAAGAGCGAAACUCCGUCUCAAAAAGAAAAAAAAAAAAAAAGCAUUUAAUUUUCUAAGAGUGGCAGUGGUAAGAGGGAACUCUGGGCUUUUUAUAGCAGAGAUUCACAUCUGUACUUCCUUGAACCUUUUCUUUGCGUGUGAGUGGGAAACGCUCACAUUCGUGUCCUCCACCCUCCUUUUUGACCCGCAAACCUCCGCGCUGCGUUCCGAAGGUCAGUUUGUGGAGGAUGUGACUCUGUGGCGUAGUGAUCCUGACUCGCGAGAUUUCCAGAGUUUAAAUUUCUCCAGGAUUCAAGGUUCCAAUAUUACUGUUGUUGCUAAAUGCUCCCCAAAUGUAGCAUGGAUCAAUGACAUAUUGAAAGCAUAUGUCUGCUCACCUCCGUAUUGAUGUCAUUUCCUAUAACAUUGGGAAUUAUAUGUGAAGUGCAGGGAGGCGGGGUGCAAGGGGGGCGGUCUCACAAGCAGAGGGAAAUGCAGAAUGUAUUCCAAGAGCUGACUCCGCAGGGUUUUCAGUGCUAAAGUUGAAACCUGAAAUAUACACUCGUCUUAAAGAAAAGGAAAAGCAUCAAUAGCUCGGAGCCAUUUUCUUUCCCAUAGGAAAUUUUGAAAACCUCUUAGCUGGGAAGUCGUAUUAAUUGCCACAGUCAUAGCUACUCCCCCCGGACCCAGCCUUUCGGUCAUCGUUGUCCCGUCGUCACAGGAGUAGGGAUGGAAUGGGUAACUUUAUUCAACAAUUUUCAGACUUGUUCCCUUCUACCUUUUUCACAUGCGUUCCCUUCCUCACAACUGGAGGGGAAAGAAGGAAACAAAUGCAGGUUAGAAUAAGACAGAAGUGGAGUUUUGCGAACGGUGCAUUUUUGUCAUCUCGGCCUGGGUGCUCCGAGUUCCUCUGUGGCCAGCGUGUAUUUUACUUUCUACUUUUAAAACUCAGCCGCUGAAGGCCAAAAGCGGUUUUCUAAACCUUGCCAGUUGUCCUUGGGCAUUUAGCAUUUUCCAUAUGAGCCCUGCGUUUCUCCAACACUGAAAACGGCUCCACUGAGAGCAGAUGGACUUGCAAGUCCCCCCGUUUGACUCCCACUGUCCCUGGGUCCCCUCCUGGCAAUGCAACCUCUAGAGCAAAACUGGCAGGGAGCAGUUUGCAGGGAGGCUGUGAAGUCGUGACUUGCCGUGCCUGUUUUCCCUGCCGUCCUCCUGGGUGACGCACAGCUGCACCAAAAGCUGCCCACUCAGAGCCCACUCAGGGCCCCGCCUGCCUGUCCCAGCUGCGGUCCUCACUGACCUGCAUGGGCCCAAGACUCCCGACCCCGGGAGAGCAGAGGCUCCCAGAUCACUUAACCCCCAUCUGGUAUUUACUGGCUAAAUGAUACCGGGCAGGUUGCUCGUCUUUCUCUCCGUCGACUCCUUACCUGUAAAAUAGAUUUUGUGCAGAUCAAAUAACGAGAUCCACGUACAGUGCUCAGUAGAGUGCUCAGUACCUGUCGGGGGGUAGAGGAAAUGUUAGUUCUUGUUAUUUAAUGUGAUUAACAACGUUGGCGUGGAAGUGACCGAGCGUGAUAACGCCUCACCGUUUUCCUUUGUGUUUCCACGUACGGACACGUUAGGCAAGAGUGUGGAACCCCGGACCUUGACUUGAUGCCAUAGUGGGAGGCUGCCUGAGGCUGGAGUGUGUGACAGGGAAGGAGGCUUUGCCUAUGAGUAGCAGCCAGAGCCGGAAAGGCCACAAGAUGGCGGUGAAAUACACCAGAGAGGACUCGUGAAGGUUCCUGGAGCUCCUUCUUCCUGGGGGCAGAGCCUCGGAGAUACAACCCUGGCGAGACGGAGCCUGUUCCUGCCCUCGCGAGGCCUCUGGUUUGGCAGCGGAGAGAGCAGCAAACGGCUCUCCAGCAGGGGUUUCUUGCUCGUUGGUUUUUUCUGUUUUCCUGGCUGCGGGCACCCAACCCAAAGUCUGGGUUCCUUCUCCCUGCUGUCCACUGAGCUCUCUCUGUCAUAGUCCCCACUACGCUUGUACGCUCUGGUCCUUCAGCUCAUCUACCCCCUUAACCAAGUCCGUGCCUGCAACUGCGCACACCCAGCAGAGAGAGAAUUCGUUUUGUCCUGCCGGUUGUUCGUGAGGGUUCUCAGUCAGGCUGGGGUCAGACUCAGUGGGGCCAGUUCCUAGGGACGCUCCAUCUCCCUAAUGUUCCUACCGAAAAGUAGUUUCGGGAAUUCAGAUAACACUGAUUGACCUUGCAGUAUGUGAGAAGCACCGUGCUAAGCACUCAAUAUGUACGAUCUCGCUUAGUUCUCUUCAUCCGGCUUUGAAACCGGUAUUGUAUUUAUCCUGAUUGUAUAGAUGAGGAAACUGAGGCUGAACAGCAUGCCCAGAUGUCACGGUUUGUCAGCUGCAGAGCUGGGAUCUGAACUCCGUCUCGUGUUCUCUGGUUCCAUGCAGCUUCUGUGGGGCACAGGCCCUUCUUUCCUGGCUUGGAGCUUGCCAUUUCUGGUGUUCAACCUCUAGCCCAUCCAACGCCUUGUCUCUUUGACAUUCAAGGCCUUUCUCAGCCAGGAAGCAGCCAGCCCUCUGUCCCCGAGACCUGCGUCCCGCCCGCCUCCCCUCGGUCAUCCCAGUCUGCUCUCCAUGCCGCCCCACUGUCUGGGAACCCUGGUCCCACCUCUGCCAAACGUCUCUACACCCUCUCAGAGGCGGCUCAAAUGGCAUGGAUGGCUCCUCUCUUCUACCUGGCUCUCCAGGACUGCCUCCCUGCGUCUCCUGCCACACUGCACGCUGGCUUGUGCGGUUUUGUCUUUGCCUCUGGAGGGUCAGCUCUGCAAGCUCUUGUCUAGCUGUCUAUUGUCCUUUGACUCCUAGCACUGAGCACAACACACUGAAGGCCCAGUUCUGUCUCAGGCCCAGCGCUUGCCUUCCCCCUUCAGUAGAUGUGGUGAAAAGCUGAACUGCAGGUAUCCCGCUGAUCCAGCCUCAGUGGGUGAUUACUGCUGCUCUGCCUGAGUUUUGCUGUGGCCAUGUUGACCAGUCAGUCAAUAAAUCAACCCCAGGAAAGCACUGACAACCCACGGCAUGCAACCUCCUUUGGCACGAUCCAUUACAAAAUGUGCCGCACUUGUGGCUUGUCCUCGAACACAGUCCCAAGCCUUCUUGCAGAGCCAUCAGUGACACUGAGGCGUGACCAGGCGAUAGGGCUGCCCUUGCUCCUUUUGGUGGGGGCGUGCAGCCUGCUUUGACUGGAGCCAGGGCUGAAGGUAAAGGAAAGCGGGGUGGAUGGGGGGCUGGCAGACAGUCUCAGGCGGGAGACCAUGCCCACCUCCAGGAGUUACACCUAGGCCCCCUGAGUUCACCUGCAGCUUGGCUUCUGAUAUUCCCUAAGGGAUACUUCUCUGCAGAAAGAUCUCAGGGUGGGGAGGCUGGGGCCCUGCUGACUGUGAGAGUUCCUUUACCAGCUGAUAAGUGUGUCUGUCAGCUCCCAAAGAAAGGGGUGCCCCAUAACCUGACCUUGCGCUUCUCCUCUUACCUUCUGGGCAGCUCCUCCACGGGCUCCUCGCCUUCCUCUCACUCUCCAACAAUGGGCUUCUUUCAGCCCCGGCCCCUUCCCUCUGCCGUUUCCCUCCCUAGGAGCUCGUCUAUUCUCAUGGUUUCACUAGCACCUCUUUGUGGUUGAUGUACGAGUCGACCUCUGCAGCCAUGACCCUUUCCUGUGUAUCAGACCGCAUUCCCAGCCGCUGACAGGACAUCUCCACUCUCAGGUCCAAAGGCCCCUCAGUGUGCCCAAGGCAGCGUCCUCCAUCCUCUCUCUCCCCUCAAGAUGGCUUCCUCAGUGGGCAUCCAUUCAAGCAGGCCUCCCGCCAGGCUUCCUAGAGUUCCUGGCUAGCAGCAUUGGAGUCAGUUAUCAAGUCUAUUGGAUGCCAGUCGUGCAUCGAGGUAUCAGGCUUGGGCUAAGGGUAGAACAAUGAAUAAAAGUCAUGGAGAAACCUCAGCGACUCAGCCUAAAGAGGAGAAAAGCUCAAAGAAUCCAUGACAAUCACACGACGGAGGGGUGGGCAGAGUGGUAUGGAGGGAAGCAUUCCAUAAUUGCUUCCCGGUGAGGAGGUCUCAGUCUUGGCUGGUCUUGCCUUUCCUUCCUGUCCCCACUGCCACCAUGUUGGUUCAGUCUCCUGUCACCCACAACACGAUUAACUGCAGUGGUCUCGUCUCUGUCGCCUUGAUGGGAAAUUUCUCUUCGUUGCCGGCUGCUUUUCCCAAAAUACUGCUCUUGCCAACUCUCAAGAAAAAAACCCACCUCGCGCUCCAGCCCUUCUCUGCAGCCUCAUCACAGUGAUUAGCGUGUGAGCUCCAGCGUCAGGCUCACCAAGCGAGACUCUCAGCCCUGCUACUUAACUGCUGUGUGACCUUUGACAAGAUACUUAAACUCUCUGUGCUCCACUCUCUUCAUCAGUAAAAUGGGGAUAAUAAUAAACGUACCUUACUGAGUUGUAAGGAUAGAAUGAAUGAAUACAGCCCCGAAUAAGUGGUAGCUAUUAUUAUUGUUCUUUCCUGUUGCUUCUCAGUUCCUUGGAGGCCUCCUCAAAAGCCUUGGGGAUUUGUCUCUCUGUUCUCCCUGAUGAUACCCUUACCCAAAACACUGGCUUUUCUGAUUAUACUGCUCCCGCCCACCUCUCAGAGCCAGCUCAGUGCCCUUAACUUGCAUGAAAUGUUCCCCGGUACCUGAAAUAAAUAAAACUUUCUUUACAAAAACACACGGUAGGCCGGAUCCGGCCCGGGGAUGGUAGUUCGAUGAGCCCAGCUCCAGGUGAGGGUCAGUUUGCUGGAGAAAUUCACUGCCCGGCCAGCCUCUCCAGAAUUUCCUCCCAGGAGCAGAUGCCUCCCUCACUGUUUGCACUGCAGUCAGCCCCGGCAAACGCUGAAGCGGCCUGGGGAGCUAAGGUGAGCAGGUGCGCCGUGUCUGACAGCUCUGUUCCUGAGAUCAGCCAGAGCCAGGGAGGACGGGACCCAGGGGGCUGAAGACAUUCAAGCAAAAGGAAACAAGUUCUUCUCCUCCCUUUCUUCCUCCCUAACCCAUGGUCCAUUCCGCUGCCCUCAGCCCUGGUCCCAGAGGUAAAUCAAUAGACGUUUUAUAACCACCUCGGACAGAUUUUUGUUACUGACAAAGGAAAUUAAAAGUCUCUUAAGUGUAGAUAAUGUGGAGCUUGCUAGAGAAAUUGACAAUAGCCCGGAAAUUUGAAACGCGGGGCUCCGAGCUCCUCCACCGGAGUGCCUUUCAUUGUGAUCCCCGAGCUGGCCAGGCUUCCUGGUGCGACGGUGGGGUCCUGAACAUUCUGUCAGUGAGCGCCGGGCUCCUCUGUGAGAAGCACAUUCUGUGGGCUGUGCUGCUUUGCCCCGCAUUAAUGAGGCAUUUGUGGGGGCCCUCCCUGCCCCUCGGGCCCCACCUCCGCUCUUUCCUCCUUGAAGCUUGCAGGGAGGCAGUCAACUCCCCGAAAAGAGCCCAAACCCCUACGCUUGGGGCCAGCCUCUUUUAAUGGAAUCCUCUUUUAAGGGAGACAGAGACGUUCCUCUGGGGAACUGUCCUGCUUUCGUUCUCCGUAACCCCUUUAGUUGUCACCAGGGGAGUAAUUAUAUUUAAAUUGAUGGGUCCUUGAGAGACGGCGAACGAUUUGCCCUCCGUUAGCACUUGACAUUUUGAAGAUCGGACAGUGAGCGGUGACUUUGUUUAUUUAUUAAGCUUAGUGCUUAGAGGAGUUCCUGCCAAGAACUGAAACAAACCUCCUUUUUGGAUUCUAUCUUUAAGCCCAGAUUGCUUGUUUCUGGUCAAUAUUUGGGGGCAACAUUCAGGGACAGCUUGUUCAUCUGAUACCGCAUGCAUUUUCCUCUAUCUCACCGAGUAGGCCAGAAAGAAAUGCUGUCUUCAGUGUCCCGACAUCUGGUCUUAAUAUUGGAAAGUCUUUGUUUCAUGUACUUUUUGAUAGACAACAUUUUUUGUGGAGCAUUUUGUUAUUAGACCAUGUGAAAUGUUGAUAUUAAUCUCAGCUGCCCUGGUCUUCAUGGAACACAAGGCCAGUCCGAAACUAUCCUUGGGAGCAUCUUUGGGGAAGUAUUUUGGGGGUCCAGCAAUGUAUUCUGACAUCCUUCCAAGGGCAUUUGACUGUGUUUUGUGGAAACACUUUGUGCACUUAACCCGGGGGACCACUAGGCAGGUUUGCUGCCCACAUCAAAUCUCUCCAGCCAGCAUAUCUGGGGCUACUGUGGCAGGAACAUUUUGACAGGUUCAAAGAACAGAUGUCAGGAUUGACCUCCUCCCUUCCGUGUUCCUGGGCCCAGAGCAACUGGGUGCUCUGCGAGUAGAGGGCUGAGCUGUGUUUUGAAGGGGCCUUCAACCUUUACUGUAUCUGAGUGGACAUAAGAGCUGAGACCCAUUCUCAAAUAGGCUGGCUUAUACGGAACUUUCUUUUCUUUUCUUUUGAGGCAGGGUCUUACUCUGUUGCUGAGGCUGGAGUACAGUGGCACAGUGUCAGCUCACUCCGCUACUUGGGCUCGAAUGAUCACCCCAGUUCAGCCUCCUGAGUAGCUGGGACUAUAGGGGCCCAUGACCAUGUGUGGCUAAUUUGUGUAUUUUUUGUGGUUUCAUCAUCUUGCCCAGGCUGGUCUCGAACUCCUGGACUCAAGUGAUCUGCCUGCCUUGGCUUCCUAAAGUGCUGAGAUGACAGGCUGAGCCACUGUGCCCGGCCCCGUGCAAGCAGCUCCACAGACUCAGCCGGGCCUGCUUGCAAAUGGGCACCAGCACUCUGGUCAUACGCAGAGCGGUAUCGACUGUCACUGUUAGUCGCUCUAGGAAAAGCACCUGCCGAUGAGAGCGAAACGUGUAAAGUUCAUGUGAAUUAGGCUGGUUUGGAAAAAUGUGGGAUGAGAAUGUGUAGUGACGUUGAGGCAAGGGGCUGUGACAGUCACCAGCAUUUCAGACUUGGAAAUUCUUGCACCCGGCUAAGGUCACAGCACUAGUUAUGAUUAACUAGACUAGAUUAUGGGACCGGAGUUGAAUGUCUCCACUUACAAAUCAGCUGAGACCAGAAUAGAGAAUCUGAUCAUCCCUGGUCAGAAAUGCUGGUUGCAUUUACACAUAUUUUUUCUUUUUCAUAUAAAUUAACAGUGUCAGUAAAACUUCCUAAUGCAGACUCCCUAGAUGAGAGGAGAAGAGCCAAGACCAGGACGCUGAGAACCCUGGGGGCAGAGUCAAGUGCUGACGUCUGCAGACCAGCCCCUGAAGCCACCUCUUUCCAGUCUUCUCUCCACUGCAGCUGCUUCAUUGCAAGAGAACCCUGUGGUCCUGUGUGUGUGUGUGUGUGUGUGUGCGUGUGUGUGUGUGUGCGUAUGUGUGUAUCUGUGUGUGUAUGUGUGUGUGUGCGUGUGUAUGUGUGUGUGUGCAUAUGUGUGUAUCUGUGUGUAUGUAUAUCUGUGUGUAUGUGUGUGUGCAUAUGUGUGUAUCUGUGUGUGUGUUUGUGUGUGUGUGCGUGUGUAUCUGUGUGUGUAUGUAUGUAUAUCUGUGUGUGUAUGUGUGUGUAUGUAUGUGUAUCUGUGUGUGUAUGUGUAUGUGUGUGUGUGUGCGUAUGUAUCUGUGUGUGUAUGUGUAUCUGUGUGUGUAUGUGUGUGUGCGUAUGUGUGUAUGUAUAUCUGUGUGUGUAUGUGUGUGCAUAUGUGUGUAUCUGUGUGUGUUUGCAUGUGUGUGUGUGCGUAUGUGUGUAUCUGUGUGUAUGUAUAUCUGUGUGUGUGUGUAUCUGUGUGUAUGUGUAUGUGUGUGCGUGCGUGUGUGUGCGCGUAUGUAUCUGUGUGUGUAUGUGUAUCUGUGUGUGUAUGUGUAUGUAUGUGUGUGUAUGUGUGUGCAUAUGUGUGUAUCUGUGUGUGUAUGUGUAUCUGUGUGUAUGUGUAUGUAUGUGUGUAUCUGUGUAUGUGUGUGUAUGUAUGUGUAUCUGUGUGUGUGUAUGUGUGUGUACGUGUGUGUGUGUAAUACAAGUCUACUUUGAAUUAAACUUCAUUACUGAGUUCUUGAUUCUCAGAUGCUCUCUUCUUAAGUUCUCUGAAGAAGAAAAUUAAAUAGAAAUGCACAUAGUAUAAGAGAAAUGUAUGAUCCAAUUGAAUAAAUUAAGGUAGAAACUCUGGAUGAAAAUAAUCCCAGAGGAUUCUUGGUCAUAGUUUAGUGGUGCCUCAAAAGAGAAAAGAUCUCGUGAUCCCCAGGAUGGACAUUCAUUUUGGCAACAACUCAUAAAGGCUUCUUAGGAAGUUACAGGGUGCUCUUGGGGCCAUGGUGGGCUUGCCCAACUUGUUUAAAUCCUACUUGUUGACAAAGAAUCUCCAAGAUAUGUGGUGAAGAGAAAUGAACAAGGUGUAGAACAGGGUGCAUGGUAUACGGCUAUGUGGUUAAAGUCAAAAAGAACAUUUGUAACUGUGUAUAUAUUGAAUAUUUACGGGAAGAUAUACAGAAGCUGGCAGGCUUGCAUCAGGGAAGAGGAGCCCGAUGGCUAGGGUCCAGGGUCGGAGCGGGACUUGCUUUUUACUGUACAGUCUUUUGUAUCUUAUGAAAUUUAUACCAUGUACCUGCAUUAUCAGGUCCAAAAAAUAGCUGAAACCAAUAACUGGAAAAUAACGACUUAAUGAGCCCUCUGUCUACCCAUCUGGAACCCAGCUUUCUAAAAGAAGACAAAACUUACCAGACCAACUUAGAGAGGAAAGUACUCUCGCCCCUAGCUCCUUCUCAUUCCCCUGGCUGACCUACCAGCAGAACCAUCCCCCAAUACCCGGAUUUUUAAUGCAGUUAUUCUUAUUUUCUUUACUUAAUUUUUCUUAUCUAUUUUGAUAACCACUUUAUGUGAAAUAAUAACUUGUUUCAAAACUUGGCUCAUAUCCCUUUUAUGUUAGCAGUUCUCACAUUGAAAAACUGCCUGCAGACCUGAUAGACGUCAAAGCAGUUUUCUGUUGAGGUGGGCAGCCUUGAAUGCACGCAAACGGGUGCCUCUACGUGUGCAAAGAAGACAUGAUUACUUGGAGUCCACCUGCAGAGGAACGAAGUAAUCUACAGAAGAGUGAGGCGGGCUCUGCCCUGAAGGCCAGGGUUAAGGCUUCUAGCUAAUGGUAAAAUAAAUGAAUGUGACUUUCUAAAAAUGUCAUGGGGGAGAAGGAAAUGAGGAGGAAGGGAAAACUGGCCUCCGUAACCCUGUAAGGGUACAAAUCUAAUUGCCACGUGACUCAGAUCUUCUCAAAGGUUAGAGGGCAUAGGUCUGUUUUUCAUGGUGUAUCUUUGUCAUUGGAAGAAGAAUAAUUUGGAGGAAAUGAUUUCACCCCCAGAGUUCAAACUCCUCUGUCACUGCGUCAUUUUUUCCCUAAAUCCAUAGGAAUCUCCUGGGAGUGAAGUGGAGCCUAUACAUUUCCUAGAGGCUUUUGGGGGUUGUGGUUCGGAUCUACAGUGUUGCGCCCUUGGGGACAGAAAGUGGGGACAGGGCACAAGCACGGAGACAGCUUGCUCUGUGUCCCAUUCCUGUCCUGCCACUUUCUAGCUGUGUAGCUUUCGGUAAGCCAUGGGACAUGUGUGGAUUUGAGUUUUUGCGUCUGUAUAACGAGUUACUAAUACAAAGCUGGAAAGGUGCUGAGCAGACAGAGUGUGACAAUUGGUAUCCAGCUCUAAGAAGCGCUUCUCCUCCCUUUGCAGAGAGUGCUAGGAGGCAGACUGCUGUCCCCACAAAGGCUGCAGCCCCAUUCCCUUUUCCAAGCUGCCUGGGUGAACAUGACAGGAUCCUGACGCUCUGUGGAAAUUGAUGAGUGCUUGCUCAAAGGUGGAUGAUGUGUUACAGAUGGCAUCCCCCGUCAGAGACAGAGCUUUCUCAAGAGCGGCUUUAACUUCCUUUACUUCCUGAAAUGCUAUUUCCCAGCCUCUCAGUAGAUGUCAGCAGCACAGCAAACAUCUCCGUGCCCAUCAUGGACGCAGGUUGGUUCAAAAACUUUUCCAAUUAAAAAAAAAAAUCAGUUCUUUCCUUUGCAGUCUUCAGAAGUCCGGGAACCAAAAUGGUAAGAUCUAGUGGCUUCAGAGUAGAUUCUCGAGAGGAUUACCGAGGGUGUGUUUGCAUUUUAAACACAACCUUUUAUCCUAUGUAAUGAAAACAUCACCCGGAGAUGGUUAGGGAUUAUAGCAACCUUUUUGGAAUCUGCAAGUUUCUCACAUUUAUACUCUAGGCAAGAGUGAAAUAAAAGAUGUCCAAUAUUUUGCUUCUUCCUGUGAAGUAAAUCAAAACCCUGGGAAUAUUUUCCGCUAAGUUAAUUAACUGCCGUCUCCUCUUCUGUUUCUUCAUUAUAUUCAAUUAACCCUCUGAUUGCUACCACAGACAACUGCCAUGAGCUUGGAGAAUAAGGCAGAGAGCCAGGCGCCGGGGCUCAUUCCUGUAAUCCCAGCCCUUCGGGAGGCCAAGGAGAGUGGAUCACGAGGUCAGGAGUUUGAGAGCAGCCUGACCAACAUGGUAAAACCCCGUCUCUACUAAAAAUAUAAAAAUUAGCCAGGUGUAGUGGCAUGUGCCUGUAAUCCCAGCUACUUAGGAGGCUGAGGCAGGAGAAUUGCUUGAACCUGGGAGGCGGCGGUUGCAGUGAGCUGAGAUCCUGACAAUGCACUCCACCCUGGGCGAGACUCCAUUUCAAAAAAAAAAAAAAGUAAGGCAGAGUUCUCUCAUCAGAAUGAAAGGGAUGAUUUGAGCUACUUGCGAGGCUGAGGCAUGAGAAUCUCUUGGGCCCCAGAGGUGGAGGGUUGCAGGGCCCAGAUCCUGCCAAGGCACUGCAGCCUGGGAACACAGCAAGACUCCAUCUCAAAUACAAAACCAAAAACAAACAAAGAAUGAAAGGGAUAUUUUGAAUUUGUGCCCUAGCAAUAUUUUGACGUGAUGUCCACCCAGGAUUUGCUUAUGACCUCUCCUCUCUAAGCCGAGUCUCCUUCCUGCUCCCUCCAUUCUUGCCCGCUCAGCCCUAGGUAUGAUACAAGCAAGGUCAGCACUGCUGAAGGUGGGGGUGUCUGUUGAUUUGCCUACCUUUGGUCCCCAGCCAUAGAUAAUUUAGCUCCAAAACUACCUGAGAUGAAAUUGGCUCCUGGAUUCUACAUUCACCUUGCUUCUGUUCCUCAUGGCUUUUUACUGUGAGGAAGUUUGCUCCUAGAUGCGUCAUUUUUUUUUGGCAUUAAUGUUGCUUUCUUGCUGUCGCAUUGAAAUAGUAUGUCUUUUGAUGACUGCAUUUUUCAAUGCCCCCUUCAAUUUUACACACAGGAGGGUGCCUCACUUACUCCCCCUAGUCCUGGCCCUGGGAAGAAUCCACCAAUCGUCCGCAGCAGAGAGGGGCCCUGUGGGUUCCCAGGUGGGCAGUGUUGUCGCCCGCUGUCUUGAGAAGGAGCUGGGCUCCCGCACCGCAGGACUGAGUGCGGACUCGCCGGACCUGUGGGGGCAGCUGGAGCCCGUCUCCGCACACAGCGGGCAGCUGCUCUGGUUGCCCAUCUCAGGAAAUGCUGGGGUCCCGGGAGUCAGCUGAUGUAAUUUGGUGAGAAAGCAAAAGCAAAGUGUGUUUCUGCAUUUCCAGCAGUAAAAUUAAGCAAAACCAGACUUUUUUUUUUUUUGGUAAGUGGAGGCAGCAGUGCAAAUAAAUGCCUGUUGUGGGCACCCGGGAAAGGCGGCAGAGGGUGGGUCCUGCCCAGUGCUCGGCAGUUCCCAGCUGGCAGCCGCAGCAGUGUUGCUCCUCGGACCCAGGGCCAGAGCUGGCAGCGCCAGUGGCAGGGAAUAAAGCUCAGUCGGCUCGUGGAGCCAGGAGCGUGGCUGGGCCGAGACCCCACCCUGAGGGUUCCGCCUCCCUGUGCCCCAGGCUCGACUGGAGCUGGAACUGCGGGUGCACGUUCACACUCCUUGUAGGUUUCUUAUUGAAAAGGCGAGAGUGGAUUCGAGUGUUAUCAACAUGUGUGAUGAAACAGGGUCAGACUUGGAUGUGGUGGCCCUGACUGCCGGCCCAGCCUUCCUCGUGGCGGGUUGAACAAGUCCAUUGGCCUCCCGGAGACUCACUCCCAACCUGCAAACUGCGGGGAAUAGAAUUUGCCGUGCCCACCCUAGAGAUACUCGUGAGACUGGCCUGGUCAGUAUUUGCAAAGGUGAAGGUGUGCAUAAGGCAUAUGGACUGCACGAACAGAGGCUUGGCUGCGGUGCGGCUUAUGGCUGUUGUCAUUUGCCCCCGCUCACAGUUUAUGCUCCUACUAUGUUGCUUCCUGUCCUAAUUAAUUAGGGAAUUUACUAUUCAUCUCUGAGCUUGCCAUGAAGCAAGGUUCUGUGCGGUAAAGCAGCUGAAGUGUCUUCCCACUGAGGGCCUGGUAAGAGGACAAAUGCAUAGAAAACUCAAAGGCAUGCUGGAAAGGGACACUGUUUCAGGGCAGACAAGGGAGGAGCUGUUGCUUCCUAUUGGAGGAACCUGGAAGAUCUCACAUGGAAGGAGCGCUGAAGCUAAGGCUCUGAGAAAUCGGGGGCGUUUGCAGAGUGAGCUGAGGGGAUGGGGAGGCAUCGCCCAGGCAGGCAGAGGCAGGGCCCUGCUGGGUAAUGUAUAGGGUGGCUCAGCCCUUUCUUUGCUUGGACUAGCGUGGCAAAAUGUUGAAAGUGGUGUAAGGGCCAGUCUGGUGGGUGGGGAUCUCAUACAGGUGGCUGUGGCUUGUUGCCUCUAAAAUUCAGGUGUGGCCAAUGUGAUGUAUGAGGAGGCGGGGUCUUUAGAAGGUGAUUAGGCCACGAGGGCUCCUCCCUCAUGAAUAAAGGAGGCUUUGGUAGGGUUGGGCCGGCUUGCUUUUCCGUGGCUUGAGGAUGUGGCCUGCGGCGGACGCCCAAUGCUGGUUCCUGGAUGUUGGCCUUCCAGCCUUCAGAACGGUGAGCAAUUACUUUCUGUUCUUUAUCCGUGACCCAGUGUGUGGUAUGUGUGGACUAAGACGUGGAAGCAGCAUGGGCUUGGUUAUUUGGACAGCUUUGUCUCUGAGAGUGUUGGAGCAGGAAGCGGCCGUGCGGGAUGUCCAGAUUGAAUCUGUGACUAGGACGCAGGUCCUUUGCUGGUUUUUCCAGGCCCUGGGUACGGCUGUUUCACCUUUUCUUUAUACGUCUCACUGGUUUACGCUGACGGGCGAGCCCUCAGUACGGAUGUCCACCCUGCCUUGGAUCAGGAGAUCCUUUAUCUCCUUCCUCGGGAUCUUGGGGGCCCAGAAUUUGAACAACCCAGCAAGUCUAUGUCAUGCGCCUUCUGUGAUUCGGGUUCUGAGCCAGGCCCUGGGGUUCCAACUGUGAAUGAGAUUCAGUUCCUGCCCUGAAUCUAGUGGGAGAAAGAGUUGGGAAUUGGGGGCUGUCAUGCAGGGUGGUAACUGCUACCACAGAGUCGCGGGGAGCACAGGGCUGGUCCCUAAUGGGGGCUUGGGCAGCAGGUGGAGAGUGAAGGGUGAGGAGGGACUUGGAAGGGAGGGUAACUGAGCUGCGACCUAGAGGCUAGUUUGAGUUGUCCGGCUAAGGUAGUGGGGAUGGGCCACGCGGGCUUAGCCUCGUCCAGGAAGUGGGGGAGCCUGCAAGAAUCUAAGUGGAGCUUAGGCUGCCGUUCAGGGACGGACGCUGUAGGCAGGUCUAAGUGGUCGGUUUUCCUUUGAGGGCCCUGGGGCUUGUUGGUUUGAGUGUAGGAGAGACUUGGUCAGACUUGCUUUUCAGAAAGGGGACUUUGGGCAGAGUGAGUCUGACUUGAGAAUCGGUACAGGAAUGCUCAAAUGCAGAUUGCAAGUAGGCUCAGCAGGACUGGGUUUGGGGUUGGGAGUGCGGCAAAGGGAAAGUCAGAGACUGAGUCCUACUCACUGAAUCUUAGAGCUCUGUGCAAAAAUGUUGUCUGUGAGGAUGGGAGGUGAAUUCAAAUCGAUGUUUACUCGGCUCGAAUGAGUCUUAAACACACCCAAUCAGGUAAGGAACUUAGGAAAACACUGAUACCUGGGUGUCAUUGUCAGUGGUACUGGGCUAAGGGGGUGGGGCAGUGAAUCUUUGACACUGUGGUAUGGUAAAGUAAGUAUAACAAACUAUAUCACUUUAACCAUUUUUAAGUGUAUAACUCAGUAGCACUAAGAACAGUCACAAUGUUGUGCGAUCAUUCACACCCAAGUGUUCGAACUUCACAAUUGUGAUCUUGGUCCUUUGUGAGCGCUGGUGUUGGACAUUCCCAUGGGACCCUACAGAGCAAUUCCCAACCUCCUCCUCGUUCAGAUUAGGAAGCCAAGGGCCCUCAAGUAGAAAAGGCGCGUUUAAAGUCUGACUUAAAAGUAGGUGAAAUGAGUGAGUGGUCUGGGAGGAGGUGUGCUCACCAGGACGUAGGCAAGUGUCUCAGCUUUCUCUUUGGCCUUCUGUGUUGUCUGUCAAUAUGAGGCCCAAUGCCAUCUCUGCCUCCACCCUAUGUAUAUUCCAAAUUGUGUCUGCUGGAAACAAGCUGGUAUCAGGGCAUCCCCAUGGCAGUUCAGUAGAGAGACAGUGUCUCCCGCAUGCAAUGCUGUAGGGCGGCCAUCACCCACCUCAGCAUUGCUGUGCUCUGAAAAGCUUCCCCGUGUCAGGUGUGCCUGGGAAGUGCUGCUCACGAGCCAUCUCCCGCUCAGUAACUCACAAUACGUGUAGCACGCUGGGACGUCUGAAAAAAGGCUCACCUAGCUUAAUUUAGCCCAGUAUCUUCCAAUCUUAAUUAUCCAUAGAAUCCUUAACUUUUUCUAAAGUCACAUGGAACAAUUAGCAUCUCGGGGAAGCAGAGUCUGAAGAAUGCCUGGGGAAAUGGUCUCAGAUGGUUCUAAUAUAAGGCAGAUUGAGUCUUUGCUACGCGUUACCAAUUCCCCAGGUGAUUCGUAUGCACAUACGCACACUUAAAUUAGAGGAGCCUUGUUCGAAGCCACCUGUUCUCAAACGUGGCUGGACACACAUUGGAAUCAAGAGGGGAGCUUUCAAAAAUACUGAUACCUGGGUGCCAGUGGUUCUGGGGAUAAGGGUGGGGGGGUAGUGAAAUUUUAACACUAGGGUGUGGUAAAAUAAAUAUAAACUUUAUCACUUGAACCGUGUUGAAGUGUACAAUUCAGUGGCAAUAAGAACAGUCGUAAUGUGCCACCAUUAUCAUUUCUAUAACUUGUUCAUAAUUGUAAACGAAAUUCUGUACAGAAGCAGCAUGGGCAAUAGAAUUUUCAAAAGCUGUGCAGCUGAUUGUAAAUGCAGGAGAGUCUGAGACCUACUUGUCUAGACAGCCUGAUCAUGACAUUUAGAAUGUUCACCAAAGGCUGUGAGCCCUUUCAGAGUGAAGCCUGGGCUUUGUACCCUGAUUCAUUGAAAUAGAGAGACUUUGGCAGGUCAGCCUCUUAGAAGGUCUGUUCUGUAUACAUAAAUGUGCAGUAAUACAUACCUUGGAGUGUGGUGCCGACGGCUAUCUGAGAGCCUAAGGAAACCACCUGUUCCAGCGUCUGGCCUAGAAAUGUCCGUGAAGAAUCAAAAUUAUUAGGCUAUGUUACUUGGAGAGGCAGUUGAGCAUUGCAAAAAGAACAGAUUUUAGAGUUUUCCCGAUAAACCAGAAAAAUCCUGGCUCCAUCACUUAUUUAACAAAACCAGGUUAUUGUAUCUCUGAACAUGAUCUCUUCCUACAAAGUCGCGAUAACCCUUUAUAGUGACAAUCAAAUGAGAGAAACAUGUAUAGUGCCUGGUACAUAGCGGGUGCUCAGUAAAUGGUGACAGUUAUUUGCAUAUGGGAGCUGUGUCAUUACUAUGAAUGGACUGCUGUGAGUUUCUGUAUCACUCAUUACCCAAAGAGAAAAGAAUGGUAGACUUUUAACACUGAAAGCGUUUUAAGAUGAAAACAUGAGUAUUGAGGCUUUGAAAUGUCCCCUUUUACGCAGUGCAAUGUGGGAAGCAACUGUCAGAAAGUUACUAGAGAUCAAAUAUCUGGGCUCUUAUUAGUGGUUUGGUCUUGGGAAAGUUAAACUCUCAGGGAGUCGGUUUCUUCAUCUGAAAAAAUGGAAUACCUAAAACUGACACGUGUAUAUCAACAUAUGUGUGAAUUUGAAUAGCGGCAGUUUUCCAGUCUCAUGCCUUUCAGGGACCUAUCAAAACUUCCUUCUGUCCUUUUCCCAUGAUCUUGCUAGGUUUUCAGGGGCCGGGGUAGACCUCCUCUUCCCAUCCCCAAUCCAGGGCCUCUUCUAUUGCCUGAAGGGUCUGACAUAUGCAUACCACUGAUAGUCAUCAUCAUGUUCCCACACAUUUCCAUUAAAUCAGAAUUUCUUUUCAGCAUCCUCUCCAUUUACUCUCAACCCUCAGCCAGGUAAAGAUCUUUCCUAAGCCAAGAUCGAUUUUGUUUGGGCUAAGAUGAUUCUGGUAACAUACACACCGUCUGAGCCUCCAGGAGGAAAUGUCAGCAUGUUGUUAAUACUAUUCAAAAUACAUAUUGUCACGUAUGUUCUCCAAUUCCUAAUCGUACGUGUCAGUUUAUUCGAUCGCUGUGUGGCAUGUGGGAUUCUAUUUGCACUUCCCGUGUGUGUGUUUUACGAUACUCCAGUCAGGAUGGAUUAUGCUUGAAGGGUUGUAGAAUUUUUUUUUGUUGUUGUUCCUGAUGACCUAGCUUUGAUUUAUCAUCAAAAUGAGCUUGGCUACAUGAUUAAACCAAAUGUUACCUUUCCAUGAAAAUUUUGGAAUGUAUCAUGCCGAUGAAUGCUAGUGAUUUAAGAUUAAGCACCAGGCUGAAAAAUUUCUCUUUUGUAGCUAGACGUUCUAUUUAAAAGACAACAAUGAAAAGUAAGAUAUGGAGUCAUAUUACCAAAAACAGUCCAAAAUUGCUGGGGUGGGGGGCGGGGGAGACAGAGAGACAGAGACAGAGACAGAGACAGAGACAGAGAGAGAGAGAGAGAGAGAGAGAGAGUGUGUGUGUGUGUGACUGUGUGUGUGUGUGUGUGUGUGUGUGGAAAAGUCGUGGGAAGUAAAUCUGAGGGGUCCACAGGGAUGAGGUUGUGAAGGGCCCGAAAUCCUAGUAUUUGACUCUACUUUUUCUUUUUUUUUUUUUGAGACGGAGUUUCGCUCUUGUUACCCAGGCUGGAGUGCAAUGGCGCAAUCUCGGCUCACCGCAACCUCCGCCUCCUGGGUUCAGGCAAUUCUCCUGCCUCAGCCUCCUGAGUAGCUGGGAUUACAGGCACGCGCCACCAUGUCCAGCUAAUUUUUUGUAUUUUUAGCAGAGACUGGGUUUCACCAUGUUGACCAGGAUGGUCUCGAUCUCUUGACCUCGUGAUCCACCCGCCUCGGCCUCCCAAAGUGCUGGGACUACAGGCUUGAGCCACCGCGCCCGGCCGACUCUACUUUUUCUAAUCGGACACAAUUUUCUUAUAUAAUGUGUGGGAAAAAAUGUCAUGUCUCCAAAGAACAUUGCAUUCUCAUGUUUCUGCAAAAGUGGACCUUGUAAACUGUUUUCCAUUCUGGAGAAAUUUGUCUAAGAGAAAUAACAAUGUGCGUGGGCUCACGUGUCACAACAGAUUCUCACUUCAGUGUUGGGGAGGCAGAGUCCAAAGGACCCUGCGUCGGCGGUUCAGUUCCAGCUGAGGUGGUGGUUUUGAGGGAAUGUAAGUCCCAUGUGGAUAAGUCUGAAUUUUCAAGGAACGGCAGAAAUCGGCUUUUGUGUGAAAUCUCUUAUUUUAAAUGUUUGCCCAACAACGUGUAUGCAGCCCACAGGGACGUAACCCAUGUUUGGGAACUGGAUUCUCUCCAGGGAUUGCCAUCUUUAACUACUGCAGCCUAAGAGCUCUAAGGAUGUAGCGUGAUCGAUUUACAUGUAGGAAGAUUUACCUGCAGCGGCUAAUACACAGGGUGCUCAUUGGCCAAGGUAAUACCACUGGUACACUUGCAAAAACGGUUUUUGACAGACACUCAUAAUGAUGUUAACUCUGCCCAGGAACUGUUUUAAAUGUUUUCCCAAGCUGGGUGCAGUGACUUGUGCCUGUAAUUGAAGCUACCUGGGAGGCCGAGAUGGGAGGACGCCUUGAUCCCAGGAAUUUGAGGCUGCGGUGAGCUGUGUGAUUCUGCCACUGCACUCCAGUCCGGGAGACAGAGUGAGACUCUGUUUCUAAAACUAAGUAAAGAAUACAUGCUUUGCCAGCAUCAACUACUGUCAACAGACAUGUAUGAUCUGUCCCCUUCUGCCCAUUUUUUUUAGAUGAGAACUGAGGUACGAGGUCAGCUAGUAAGGGACAGAGCUGGGAUUUGACUUCAGGCAGUCUAGCUUCAGAAUAUGCCACGUGGUCUGUUAACGAUAACUACACCCUGUUUAUAAUGCGCCGAAGACUGCAUAUGUGUGUUGUGGAAAGUGUAACUUUGAAAUACAAUUACAUUCUGGUUGGCUGCAGAAAACAUGAAGGAAAAGCAGUCUUUGUUGGUUAAACAACAUUGCUGAAGGAUGAGAAUAUUGGUUCGUCUGAACAGUAAGAAUUAAGACAUCUGUUGAAAGACCAGAAAACGCCAUCAGAGUCGCAUGUUGGCCUUUCUCCACCGGCACCUGUGUUUAUAGCUCUUUCUAGCCUCUUUGAGAGAUUCUUGAUAAUGUGAAUUUCCAACUUGGCCGGAGCAUUAAUUACCUAUGUAUUAGUUUUACGUUGUUGCUGUCACAAAUCACCAUGGUCGUGCUGCCUUAAAAUAACACAAAUUUGUUUUCUUUCAGUCUAGAGGUCAAGUCCAAAACCGGUGUUACAAGGCUAACAGGCCAGCAUCAAAACACCGGCUAAAAUCAAGUGCUGCAUUCCUACUGCAGGCUCUGGGGGGAUCUGUUCCAUGCCAUUUCCGGUGUCUACCAGCCACCAGCAUUCCUUACCUUGUGGUCCUUUUCUUCAUUUUGAAAGGCAGGUGGCAUCUACAGGUCUCUCUGAUACUCUCACCUUCAUGGCUUCCUCUUAGAAGGACCCUUAGGAUGCUUUUUGGGAGUCUACUUCAAAUCGAACAGUUAAAGGAAGAAAAGGUAAAUGUAGAAUAACAGACUUAUGUGAGGGGUGAUUGUCAUCGUGAGCAUUUCCCAAGCCUGGGGUGAGCCCAGGGAAGUGCAGACAUGGGCCUCUGGGAGUGGGGCGGUCUACAGCAGCUGGGCUGAGAAUCCCGAAUGCUGUGGCUAUUGUCCCAAUUUUUCCCGAGGGGCUUUGGCUUACAUAAAAAUGACCCAAGAGACUACUUGUGCUCUGAUCUAAUUUCCAUGCAGAGGAAUGUUGUGAGGAUCCACCCUUGGAUCCUGCGGUCGGGGCAAGCAAGGGCAGGCACAGGGAGGACUUCAGAGCUGGAUGUGAAAGCUCAGGUAGUCGGGGGCAGAAUCAAAGUGUGUGUGGCUCAGUGGGCGAAUAGAGGGGGCGUCGCAUUAAUAACCAGAUCCCCACAGGCAGAUCACAAACUCACAAAGAAUUCAAAUACAAGGAAAUGCACUUAGUGCUAGACAAGUAGACUAGACACAUUCUCAGCUUGCUCUGGUGAUUCAGAGGCCCCUCAAGAGUUUGUAGGGACAACUUAAUAGGCACCAGUGUGUGCCGAUGACACACAGAAGUGUUGGCUUUCAUCCUUCUCCAGAAAGAAAAGAAUGUCUUCGUCCCUUCUCAUCUUGGUAUUCUCUUUCAUGUGGAACUAGCUCCUGAAGUGAAAAUUCCAUUUGGGGCUUAGCUUUACUUAAAGACUAUAAUAAUGGUCACGAAGGGGAUGGAAGCUAAAAACAGUAGUAGCUGUCAAACUUCAUUGCUUUUCAUAAUUCAGGAGAAUUUGAAUAGACUUUGUAAGUUAUUAGGAGUAUAGAGUGGAUGUCAAAAAGGUACUAAUGAUGCAGGCACAAUAGAGAUGAAACGGACAUCUGCACACUCUGGGAAGAGGCCCUGGUUCAUUUUACCUGGGAGCAAGAGAAGGUGAGCUGUGUCAAGUAUAAGCCCUUGAGGCCGGGCGCGGUGGAUCCCAGCACUUCGGGAGGCCGAGGCGGGUGGAUCGCGAGGUCAAGAGAUUGAGACCAUCCUGGUCCACAUGGUGAAACCCCGACUCUACUAAAAAUACAAAAAAUUAGCUGGGCGUGGUGGCGCGUGCCUGUAAUCCCAGCUACUCGGGAGGCUGAGGCAGGAGAAUUGCCUGAACCCAGGAGGUGGAGGUUGCGGUGAGCUGAGAUCACGCCAUUGCACUCCAGCCUGGGUAACAAGAGCGAAAACUCCAUCUCAGAAAAAAAAAAAAAAAAAAAAGCCCUUGGGACCCAGGGGUGAGGUCUCGGGACACGAGUGAAUCAGGGUCCUGGAGUCUGGUUUGAGCAGAUCUGUCUCUCCUUCUCUUGGACAGGAGUGAGGAGAAUAUGGGGAGAGGAAUAGUUUUUUUCUCUUUCAGCAUCUUGGGACCUAGAAUAUGUAUCUCCCCGGCCGAAUGGCUUGCUCUUUGUUUGCGCUGUUUGUGAUACGGUUGCUCUUGAAAAUUUCUCAAGUUGGGCUGCAGCUUCCCUGCAGGUUGGCCCGUGGAUCAGCUUCCCUAGUGCUAAAUGGGAUGACCGUGUUUAACCCUAGGGGCUAUGAUCAGGCUUGCAGGGUCACAUGCAACUACUUUAGAAAAUGUAGAGUUGCCAGCUGGGCAUGGCGGCUCACCACAGCAAUCCCAGUACCCUGGGAGGCUGAAGCAGGUGGAUCAACUGAGGUGAAGAGUUUGAGACCAGCCUGACCAAUAUGGUGAAAUCCCGUCUCCAUUAAAAAUACAAAUACUAGCUGGGUGUGGUGGUGCAUGCCUGUAGUCUCAGCUACCUGGGAGGCUGCCGUGGGGGGAUUGUUUGAACCUGGGAGGCAGAGUUUGCGGUUAGCAGAGGUUGUGCUAUUGCACUCCAGCCUGGGAGACAGAGUGAGACCCUGUCUUAAAAAAAAAAAAAUUGGUAAAGUUCUCCAUUGUUUUUCCCAGUGACUCUCUUCCUAGGAAGCAUGCAUCCUAGGCUCGUGCUUUGGAGCCAUUUCUCAGGAGAAUCUCGGAAGAGUGAUUUCCUGCUUGUUAUUCAUCAUGGGACUUUCAAACUGAAUUAAAUCAUCCUGCCUCUGGAUUUCUGUUUGCUCAAGAAACUUAAUUUUGCCAAACUAUUCUCUGGCAUUUACUUUUCCCUCUAGAGAAAAACUAGGGCACCUUCAGAGCACACGUGAUACCAUCCCUCUCCUGGGCACCACCAGUCUGAGGACAAAGUGAGUGACAUUAAUGUCAAUAAUGAAGUUCCUGUUUCAUUCCCCCACAUAUUUGAGUUUUUCAGUCCCCUGUAAAACCUCUCCAGAUAUUUCUGUGACUUUGUCAAGAGAAGCCCCCUAUGUGGCCAUGAACCAGCCUGCCAUCUGUGGUCCCCUGUGUCUCCUGCCAUGUUCUGCCCUCCCCUGCCACAGUCGGUGGCAACACCAGCCUCUGGGCCCAGAGUAGAUUCUGUUCCCACAGCCACCCCUCCCAGGGCUUGGGUGCCUAAGUGGAGGGACAAUAGAUGUCUCUCUGCUGUGUGCUGUUUGUCACCUGCAUCCCAAAGCAGCCUUAGUGUUGCUCUUUCACCCAGUUACUCUACAGCCAGCCAUCUUUCCUUCUGCCCUAACUGCCUUCUCUCUGGAGUCCCGAGAGAUUUGGUAGGGAUGGGUCCACGUGACAAAUGCCUUGUUCGCAUCUCUCUCCUUUCUCCUAGUGGACCCUGCGAACGGCUGCCGUUCUUUCUCAGCCCCAAAUUAGAGGUGUCCACUCAUGUCAGCUCAUACCCAGCCAUGCCCAGGAACCCAGGCUCCGCCACAGGCUUUGGAGUGUUCUAGAACACUGCGCUACAUAAUUGGCGAGCAGUUCCCUUUAAUGUUGAGAAAUUAUUGAGUUGAAGCUUGAGGACAAUGAAGUACUAUUUUUGACUUGGAAACCACAAAUUUUGUAAAGUGAAGAUUUUUUUUCUUCAUUUUUGGAACUCACUAAAAGUCUUCUUACUUGUGUUUUUAUUUUACUUAUUAUAAAAUAUACAUGAAGUUUACCAUCGGAACUAACUGUAAGUGUACACAGUAAGUACACGUACAUGGUUCUGCAAACAUCACCGCCAUCCAGCUCCAGAACUUUUUUUUCCAGACAGAAACUACGUACCCAUUAAACAAAAACUUUGCUUCCUUCAGCGUCUGGCAAACACCAGCUUAUUUUCCGUCUGCAUGAAUUUGACGGCUGUAGGGGCGUCGCAUGAGUGAAACCCUGCAGUGUUUGUCCUUUUGGGACUGGCUUCCUUCACUUGGCGUGACGCCUAAGGUUGGUCCGCGUCGUAGCGUGUGUCGGAAUUUCCUUUGAAAGGCUGACUCCUACUGUACUGCCCGUGUACCUCCGUUUAUCCAUCCGUCAGUGGACAUUUGCUUUGCUUCUACCUUUUGGCUGUUGUGAAUCAUAUUUUAAAUUUUAAGUUUUCUAGCUUCCUCAUUAAAAAGUAAAACAGGCGCGGUGGCUCACGCCUGUAAUCCCAGCACUUUGGGAGGCCCAGGCGGGUGGAUCACAAGGUCAAGAGAUCGAGACCAUCCUGGUCAACAUGGUGGAACCCCAUCUCUACUAAAAAUACAAAAAAUUAGCUGGGCAUGGUGGCGCGUGCCUGUAAUCCCAGCUACUCGGGAGGCUGAGGCAGGAGAAUUGCCUGAACCCAGGAGGCGGAGGUUGCGGUGAGCCGGGAUCACGCCAUUGCACUCCAGCCUGGGUAAGAAGAGCGAAACUCCGUCUCAAAAAAAAAGUCAUUAAGCCUACUAUAUCCACAAUUUUGUAAUUUCAGCAUAUAGUCAACAUAAAACAUUUAUUAGAUAUUUUAAGUUCAUUUUUCACGCAAAGGCUUUGUUAUGUGGCGUGUCCUUAAAUAUGCAGCAGGUCUCCAUCUGGACCAGCAACAUUUCCAGUGCCCAGUAGCUGCAUGUGGUCACUGGCUAUGUUUUUUUUUUUUUUCUUUGAGAUAGAGACUUGCUCUGUCACCAGGCUGGAGUGCAAUGGCGCAAUGUCAACCCACUGCAAACUCCGCCACCUGGGUUCAGGUGAUUCUUCCACCUCAGCCUCCCAAGUAGCUGGGACUACAGGCCCGGGCCACCACGCCCGGCUAAUUUUUGUAUUUUUAGUAGAGACGGGGUUUCACCAUGUUGGCCAGGAUGGCCUCGAUCUCUUGACCUUGUGAUCCGCCCGCCUCGGCCUCCCAGAGUGCUGAGAUUACAGGCGUGAGCCACCGCGCCCGGUGGUCACUGGUUAUCUUACUAGAUGGUUCAGAUUGAACUGAUGAUAGGGGUAGAGUUUGGGGAUCCUAACAGUACCCCAUUUCCAUGUCUCGAAUUGUCUGAGAGCCAGUGUCUCAAAUGAAUCCUUGGCAUGUUACAGAUAGCCGUCGCUUCUUGGCUAAUGCCUCAGACAGGUGCCUGGAGUUCUAAAUUUCUGUGGCUGCAAAUGUUUUAACUCCGUGUUCGAGCAGCCAUUCAGGGUGACAUUUUGAAAUGGAAGGAAAUCGAUCUGCAUCCUUCCUGGGCAGAGGGACACAUGCCACGACUUGCAUACUCCAAGUCUGUGACGCACUCAACUCAUUAAAGACACCACAUGUAUUUUAUUUAUAUGUGGCCCGACAUACGGUAUAUGCAUCUGAAAAUGAUACUGCAGCACAAUCUUUUUUUGGUUCAUAAAUCCAGUGACGACCUGUCGAGCAACUCCGAUGGGCCAGGCACAUGGUAGGCACUGGAGGGUCUAGCUACAGUGGACAGAACCCACUUCCUGUCCUCAAGAGGCUUGAGCUUCAGCUGAUGGUGUUUUCCUGGCCGUACCCUUGACACUGGCCAUCAUGAGAAGGGGAUGCUCCAUCUUUCUCAGCCUGGGAAAACCCUGCAGUUCUUUCGAACCUGAGACUUCCAUUCUUUUGACUGUCUACCCCAGUGGUGAAGGAAACAUUUUCUCUUUGGAACUUCAUAGGUGAUUGUGUCAUGUAAAUUACGUGGGAAUUUGGGGGCUCUUGUAAAUAUCAGAGUGAAAAUUGUCACAAAAUUACUAACAACGGACGCUAAGGAAAUGACAGCCAAGGUAGCCAGCGGAGAUUUUCUCCACAUCCCCAACUCCCCAAAUGGGGGUACGGGUUUUAUUUCACAAGAGUCCUCUUUUUCUUCAGCUAAUGAGGGCCCAGGUGGCUUACUCCAUGUCACAAGAGUGCUUCCUACAGAGAGGCUUCGCAGUUUACGGUGGGAAGCUGCCAGUUGAAUCUGAGCCUAAACCCUUUAUUCAGAAUACACCAGGAGAUACCUGAAAAUGCCCCUAGUCCUCUUCCCUCCUCCCUGUUCACAUUUGCAGGAAAAUCAGAUUGUCAGGAGUUAGAACAUGUGGGCCCUGCCCGAGAAUUAAUUGCUUGGUGUGUCCUUUGAAUUAUGGACUUUGAGCUACAUCCACAUUUCCUCAGGGGAAAUUCCUUCAGAUGAGUGCAUGUUAAUUAGAUCCCCCAUUGUGAAUAGAUGCUUCCAUUCCACUGAUGUCUAGAAUUUAGGUUAAAACUGUGUGGAUUUGGAUGGAGGAUUGUUCGUCACUUCAGGUUUCUGCAGACCUCAGGUAAGAGUUUAGUAGAAGCUUCCACUUCUGUGACUCCCUGUCGUAGCCUCUCAGACGUAGUCCUGGUGGUGGCUACGGGAAGGUCAAGUUUAUCUCUGUCUCUUCCCACCACCAUCAACCAAUUCAGGAACCCAGACUGUUUCUCUGCCCAACCGUGAAGCACCUCCUUGUUCCCCACACAGAAUCUGUCGACUCUGGGCCUUUCUUCUACACUUUUCUUUGCUGAGCAUGUCUUUCAUCUUUUUUUUUUUUUUUUUUGAGAUGGAGUUUCGCUCUUGUUACCCAGGCUGGAGUGCAGUGGCGCAAUCUCGGCUCACUGUAACCUCCGCCUCCUGGGUUCAGGCAAUUCUCCUGCCUCAGCCUCCUGAGUAGCUGGGAUUACAGGCACAUGCCACCAUGCCCAGCUAAUUUUUUGUAUUUUUAAUAGAGAUGGGGUUUCACCAUGUUGACCAGGAUGGUCUCGAUCUCUUGACCUCGUGAUCCACCCACCUCAGCCUCCCAAAGUGCUGGGAUUACAGGCGUGAGCCUCCGCGCCCAGCCUAUGUCUUCCCAUCUUUCCAACACCCGCUUAAGCAUCACGUCUUCUUGAAGCCUUCCCUGAGUGACUUUCUGAAAUUUCCAUGUUGUUUUCCUCCCGUUUGACUCCUGCCUCAGCUCUGAGUGAAGGGUUGAUGGCAGGUAACCUCAAUGUCAGUAGGUCCUGGUGGGCUGUGAAUGUGGAUGAGGCUCCAUCAGCAUGAAUGCUCACUUCCUAUUGAUUCCCACCCCCGUUUGCUUCUUGGGGAAAAAUCCAGUUGCUGGCGACGUCCUGCAGAUCCCUAAUCUUGAUGCAGCUUCGUUCUCAGUAGUUCAGGGAGCGCUUCGUCCUACCUGCCCUCCGGAAUCGGUAAAGGCUGCCACUCACUGCUGGCUUCUGUCCCUCUGGGUUCCACUCUGCAGCCUGGUUUCUGCUGCCUAAGACAGGCCAGCGUGGCUGCCCUCCCACUCUCCAUGGGCCUCUGGGGCCCCAAGCCAUGCACGUUGAGCUGCAUGGCAGUGCUGACUUGGCCUGACCCAACACCCUCCGUUCCCUCAGUGCUGAUUUAUGGGGCCAGGCUUCUCUGUUAGCUCCACGACACACACGUGCGACCAGAGGAGCUGGCAGGGCUGGGUUCAAGGUACCUUCCCCCCCACCCCACCCCAUCACUGCACCGUCUCUAGACCCUCAGGCUCACUUGUGGAAUCUGGAUUAUCUGACUUUUCCUUUUGCCUCAGUUCUUCUGCCACAGCCUUAAAACAAAUUAAGGCAGAAAGAUGGGGAAGAGAGGUUAUUUGAUUCUGUUUUGAAAAUGUUACUUGUGUAUCUUGAGACAAGUUAUAGUGUUCUAUAAAAGUUCUCCUGUCCCAGCCCUUUAUCUUUUAGGUAUGUAUCUAGGACAUUUCUAACAUACAUAACUAAUCUCUACCUGAGAGGUGGUCACUGCGGCCCUUUUGAAGCAUCUCCUCAUGGUAAUGAAAAUACUGAUGCCUGCUUGGGAACAAUAUGUUUGUUAACUUCAGAUUUCCAAAGGCCUUGUUAUCGACCCGGUUUCCUAGGGAAGGAGGGCAGCUUUACAGUGGGGGAGAGAUCUGCAGUCCGGCCGAGCCUUGGUGAAUGCAGCAAAAGUCCCCUCCUGCUCCUCCAGCUGGGCACAAAGCUGUACAGUCACUUAAGUGGGGGGCAUGGUCUGUUCUAAUCCAGGGGGUCUGGGAGCCACUACAGCAACGUCUUUGUAUUUCAUAAGAUUACAGGAGGCAGGUGUUGUGCCUAAACCCUAUCAGCUCCAGUGGGGAAGGCACCAGGCUCAAGAGGCCAAAGAAGAGACCCAGCGUCAGCAAAUGAGACAUGGGGUUUUAUGGGGGCAGAGUCUGGUGGCCGUCUGCUGGGCAGGAAGGCCACAAUUGUUUGCAAAAGGCCUGCAGUUCAUGUAGCAUUUUCACCCAGCACCCUCUCCCUAACAACCUCCACCUGGCAACCUGCAUUUAACUGAAAACACAGGGCUUGAUGCCCUUGUGGCAUUUGCUUCGUGGGAUGGGACAGGCAGGGGCUCCCUGUCUCAUAGAUGAGAUGAGGAAUAGAUUUCUGGGUUGGCCACUCCUUCAUUCCUUAGCCCGGAACUCUGAACCCAGAUUGAGGUGUAUCUGUCCUACAGGCUCAUUCUCGGGGUGUGCUGUAGUCACGUUGCCUCUGUCAGGUGGAGCUACCGUGCAGGAGGGACAUGGGUGGAGCCAUUGUUCUGCCUGUUCAGGCCUGGCCCUCCAUGGAGGCGGUACAAGCUGCUGGUUCUUCCAUGUGCUUUCAGGGACACAGGCGUCUACUUUCCCUGCUACUCAAAAUUGCCCAUGAAGCCUGGGAGGUGUGGUUAGUGGCCCAGAUGGCUUUGGACUUUGUUCCUUUCAGAGGGGCAUGUCUUUAGGUCUCUUCAUCUUUCUCAUGUUCUUGAGACCUGUUUUCUGAGCUGAGAAGGGGCAGGAUUGGAUUAGGUCACUAACUUUUUUUUUCUUUAAUCCCACAAUAAAAUGAUUUUUAAAAAUUGAGGUGUAAUUCACAUACUAUAUAAUUCACUCACUUAAACUAUAUAAUUUAUAGUUCUUUAGUAUGUUUUCAAGGUUUUGCAACUAUCACUACUGCAAAUCUAAUACAUUUUCAUGAACUUGAAAAGCACCUCUGUAUCCAUUACUAGUCACUCUGAAUUCCCCAUUCCCCCUGACACAUGCUAACCACCCAUCCACUUUCUGUGUCGAUGAAGUUGCCUGUCCUGGACAUUUUGUAAAAAUGGAAUCGUGAUGAGUGGUCUUUUGGUUGUGGCUUCUUCCAGGUUCAUUCAUAUAAUAGCAUUGAUCACUGGUUUUUAAAAUUUUGUUGGAAAAGUAAAUGCUCUGAAGAGAAAUCGUGGUUGGAACCUUGCUACAUAACUUUGAUAAAAGCAGAGGUGACGGGAUGGAAGUAGGGCAGGACUCUCCGACCACCCGAGAGCCCUCUCAGCCUGGUGGCAGCCAGGGGAGCACAUCCGCGGGACCUGAGGGCUUCACUGACUCUGUGUGGCUCAACUCUCUAGUGCCUUUAGGUUCAAAGACCUUGCUCCUCUGAGGUUUUCUUCAAGAACACAAAUCACCCUCCGGUGACUGACUUACAUCUGGAUUUGUUCCCAGCACCCCUCUCUAAAACAGUCUGGAGAGAGCAAAAAAUGGAGCCAGUGGGAAUCAGAUGGGAGAAAGCAAAAGAUCGUUUAGUAGCUUUGACGCUGCCUUGGAGAGGCCAGGUGCAGAAAAGAAAUUCUGGGUGUGUCGGGCGGUGGCAGGGAUCUGUACAGGGAGAAGGUAUGAAAGACAGCAGAAGAGGCUACUUCAUAACACUGCUGUGGCCUGAGCCCCCAGUGAUAUUUCUGAGAAAUGUUCUGUUCUUUGAGGCCAAUAAGGAUUGUAUGAUCUGCAGCUGACUGGAGGAGUUCUUUCUCUGGGACCUGAUUGCCUUUCUGGGCAAGGAAAAAAAAAAAUCCACAUAAAUCUCUGUCCAAAGUCAAUUAUGUGAGAUUUGGAGCAGUGCAGCCUGCCAACAGAAACUGCAGGCCAUGUGCAUGCGGCCUGGUACGUGGGACGCCUCAGAAGCGUUUCUGGCGCAGUCUUCUGUCCUCAUGGGAGCCUUCAGGCAGGUGCAGCAGCCUCCUCAGCUGUUAAUUCACCCAGCUUGGCCCUGAAUGGAGUGAGUGUCCUCUGAGUCACCAUCUGCCAUCUUGGUCAUGCUGUGAAGCCGGGGCAGGGACACAUCUCCUUUUUCCCCCCAUGGUGCCUGAAGAGAGUCCUAGAUGGGAGUCGGGAGAUGCAGAGCUGACCAAGGAGAUGUAGAGAUUUUAGCACGGGCUCUGCCCCCUUUCAGGGAAGUGCUAAUAGGCAAGUCGUGUUGUCUUCAGUUUUCUCAUCUGUAAAAUGAUUGCUUGACUUCCCAUCUUGAUCCAGAAAGGAUUUCAGGCAGCUCUUCUGUGAAAUCAGGGAGUUAAACCAGAUGAUUUCUGCAUUCUUUUUGUCUUACGGGUUCUGAAACUCUUCUGCAAGGCGGAUGCUCACUUAGGAUUUAGAGCCUUGCAAAUCUCCCCGCAGGUUCUCCAGCAUAUCUGAAUAGCCACCUGUUCACUUGCUAUCUCUUAACCUGUUCACCCAGUGGGCCCAGACUUCUUCCAGUUAAACUUAAUUCCUCUUAAAAAUGCCUGCCAGAGGGCUGGGCGCGGUGGCUCACGCCUGUAAUCCCAGCACUUUGGGAGGCUAAGGCGGGUGGAUCACGAGGUCAAGAGAUCGAGACCAUCCUGGUCAACAUUGUGAAACCCCGUCUCUACUAAAAAAAAGAAAAAAAAAAUUAGCUGGGCAUGGUGGCGCGUGCCUGUAAUCCCAGCUACUCAGGAGGCUGAGGCAGGAGAAUUGCCUGAACCCAGGAGGCGGAGGUUGCGGUGAGCCGAGAUCGCGCCAUUGCACUCCAGCCUGGGUAACAAGAGUGAAACUCCGUCUCAAAACAAAAAUAAACAAACCAAAAAAAAGCCUGCCAGAUGGGAAGGCUGAUCUAGAUUAAGGGAGUUAAGACCUGUGAGAACCUGACACAAUGUGUGCGUCUUAAUUGGAUCUUAGAUUAAGAAAAAAAAAACUCAACUACCUGCAGUGGACAGUUUUGGAAAAAUAGAAGUUUCCAAACAAAGCUCUGCCAGCCUUCCCCAAAAUGCCUCCUUUCCUCUCCUCAUCCCUUCCGACUCUCACUGGCCCUCCAGGGCCCAGCUCAGCUUCACCACGGUCGUCCCCACAACCCCAGCCUCUCCGCUUGCGCUGACUUCUCCCUCCCUUUGCCAGUGCAUCUCACUUCUGAAUUCUGUUCACAUUUGCCAUUGCCUACGGCCUUCCUGUCCAUGGGAAUUGCUUUAUCUGGGCACGUAUGUGAAAGUGGAAGCAGGCAGAGGCCAAGGGACUCGGCUUCCCUACUUUUCGCAGACAACGCAAUAAAUAGUUUUGCUAUGGAAUUUGAGAAACGUCUUCAAGUUCAAAUUUACUGUGUUUCUUUCUACUGAAAGGAAAGUUUCAUAUUUUAGGCCUUCUGUUAAUUUUUCAGAGCUGAGGGCAACAUGGGCAGGAUCAGCUUGGGUCCUGACAAAGCCCAGCCACCCCCAAAUUCAGAGCCGUGUGUUUAUUUUACAACAAUUAGAAGCAUACAGGCUCCUUCUCAGACAGGUUAAUAUAUCAGGCUAACUUGUGCAACGCCGCUGCUCAAGCACGCCUGGUGCAAGGCCCUUGAACACACUUUAAAAACUACCGUGGUAACAGGAUAUGUAGAUGUACUUUCCUUGUUUCUGUAGAAAUGGUCACAGAGGCCCCAGGAGACACAGAGCCAUUACCACCUCCCAAUCAAAAGUAAGCCCCCCAAAACUGCGGUCAAACCACCCCCUGGGUCUUACUGAGAAGGGCCUGGGCCAGCCUGUCACAAUCAACCAGCCCCAUUUCACCCAACCCCCAAGGAGAGAUGGAGCUAGAGAGGAGAAAGCUCAUUGUAAUUGCGAUUCUCUAGUUUAGGGGGAUGCUAUGGUUUUUAUCCCCUCCUCCUGUUCUCCUGGCCUCCAAAGUGUGAGGGGCUGCGAGACAAAAUCCCAUCUAAAGAUGAGCUCAGCCUGCAAGGGGAGAUGGCAUCAUUAUCCAGUUGGAUGGCUCCUUGGGCAACAGAUCUGUCAAUGUCUGCAGACAUUUUGGGUUGUCACAGCUGGGAAGGCUACAGGUGUCCAGUGGGUAAGGGCCCAGGGGUGCUUCGAAGCAUCUGGCUGUGCACAGGGUUCUCCCCCACAGCAAAGAAUCACUUGGCCCAAAAUGUCAGUAGUGCCACUGCUGAGAAAUCCUCUUGUGAAAUAGCUAUUGAUCAAAAGGGAAGGGCUAUUGUUUGUCCUGGGACACGCUGAUGACUGCACUGUGUCCUCCUGGCCUGGGCUGGCACACCUCCUGCUGUUCUGUUCUGCGUUUCCGUGUUUUCUUGGGCAAUCUGUUGAGGUGGUAUCCUACCCUUUCUGGGACUCACAUGCUCUUAUUUUUGCCUCAGGUGUUGUGACCUGGGUAACUCUAACCCUACGUAGGUGCUUUUGAAAGGUGUUUUAAAAAUAAUAACAAAAUGUGCCGCACAAUAGAAUCAUUUGAGGAAGAUUUUAAAGCUCCCAGUAUAACAGCUGCAUCCCAGGACAAUUCAGUCUGAAUCUGUGUGGUGGAACCUAGGAGGCUGGAAUUUCUUUUUUUUUUUUUUUUUGAGGCGGAGUUUCGCUCUUGUUACCCAGGCUGGAGUGCAAUGGUGCGAUCUCGGCUCACCGCAACCUCCGCCUCCCUGGGUUCAGGCAAUUCUCCUGCCUCAGCCUCCUGAGUAGCUGGGAUUACAGGCACGCGCCACCAUGCCCAGCUAAUUUUUGUAUUUUUAGUAGAAACGGGGUUUCACCAUGUUGACCAGGAUGGUCUUGAUCACUUGACCUCAUGAUCCACCCGCCUCGACCUCCCAAAGUGCUGGGGUUACAGGCUUGAGCCACCGCGCCUGGCACAAUGCAUUAUUUUGUUGUGCUUGUGUCUGGCUGUACUACAUGGUAGCGUGCUGUGUGUGAUCCCUCCUGGCUGACUUUUUAUUUUCUAGUGGUAUUUUAUUGCUAAGGUUCAUCCUUAUGGAACUAAAGAGGAGUUGACUCAUUUUCGGAGCUGGAUGAUACUCCGUUGUGUAACUAUACACAAUUUAUUCAUCUAUUUACUUCAGUGGGCAUUUGUGCUCUUUUUGCUUUUUAAUCAUUGGGAACAGGGCCACGAACAUCCUCUGGCACAUCUCCGGCUGUAUGUGAGCAAGCAUUUCUCUAGACUAGGGCUGCUCAGACUUUCGUGUGUAUGUGGACCAGCUGGGAUCUCAUGAAAAUGCAGAUUCAGGUUCAGUCCGUUUUGGGGGAGUCCUGGAAGGGACAGCGAUGCUGUGAACCCACAGACCUCGCUUUGAGUGACGUGGCUCCGGCAUGGAAUUGGGCAACUUUAGCUGCUCCUGCCGCAUCCUUCUAAUAAUUGGAUGGCAUCGAUUUACACUCGAAGCAGCUGUGCAUUCGGAUACACAUCUGCCCCACAACUUCCUGCUGUUAGUCUCCAGGUCUUAAUUCGUACUUCCCUGACCGCCAUUAUUCAGCAGUCUUUGAUGUUUCCCCAUUUCUGUGAAACGCCUGUUUAUAUCUUCUGCCUAUUUUUCUUUCGGGUUGUCUUUCUCGUAAUAAUUUGUAGGAACUUUUCUUACCCUUCUUUUGUUCUAAUUCAAAUCUUUCAUUCUUUUAUAUGUGUUGCAAAUAUUCAUAUCCAAUUUGUUUUUUCUCUUUCACCUUAAAAACAUUUUUUUUUUUGAGACAGGAUCUCAUUCUGUUGCUCAGGCUUGAGUGCAGUGGUGCCAUCACAGUGCAGUGCCUGCUCGAACUCUUGGGAUCAUGUGAUUCUGGUGCCUUAGCAUCUGGAGGAGACAGGACUACAGGAGCAAGACAGCAGGCCUGGCUAAUACACACACACACACACACACACACACACACACCCUGGCUAAUACACACACACACGCGCACACACCCUGGCUAAUACACACACGCGCACACACACCCUGGCUAAUACACACACACACACACACACUGGCUAAUACACGCGCACACACACCCUGGCUAAUACACACACACACACGCCCUGGCUAAUACACACACGCGCGCACACACACCCUGGCUAAUACACACACAUACACACCCUGGCUAAUACACGCACAUACACCCUGGCUAAUACACACACACACCCUGGCUAAUACACACACACACACCCUGGCUAAUACACACACACCCUGGCUAAUACACACACGCACACACACCCUGGCUAAUACACACACACACUCUACAAGAGCAAGACACCAUGCCUGGCUAAUACACACACAUGCACAUACACCCUGGCUAAUACACACACACCCACAUACACCCUGGCUAAUACACACACACCCACACCCUGGCUAAUACACACACACACACCCUGGCUAAUACACACACACCCUGGCUAAUACUCACACGCACACACACCCUGGCUAAUACACACACACACUCUACAAGAGCAAGACACCAUGCCUGGCUAAUACACACACACGCACACACACCCUGGCUAAUACACACACACGCACAUACACCCUGGCUAAUACACACACACCCACGUACACCCUGGCUAAUACACACACAUGCACACACACCCAUGCUAAUACACACACACGCACACACACCCUGGCUAAUUCAUACACAUGUGCGCGUGCACAUGCACACAUGUGUGCACAUAUACACACUCUACAGGAGCAAGACACCAUGCCUGGCUAAUACACACACACCCUGGCUAAUAGAUACACAUGGGCGCGUGCACACACACACACACCCCCUGGCUAAUACACGUGCGCGCACACACAUUUUUAGAUAACUUUUUGUAGAGACAGAGUCCUGCUGUGUUGCCUAGGCUGGUCUCAAACUCCCGGGCUCCAGUGGCCUUCCUGCCUCUCCUUUACUUUUCUUUGUGGUGUCCUUUGGGUGGAAGUUCUUAGUUUUAAUGUGGUUGAAUUUAUCAGUGUUGAUGUUUAGGGGAUUUUUUGUAUGUCUUCAAAUCCUUUAAUGCAGUAAAACCUUUCGUUAUAGUAUCGUACCAAUACCAAUUUUUAGUUUCGUUAAUUAUACCAUGACACCAAAUCAGAUGUUAGAUUGAAAGGAACUGGGUGAAGAAGGUAAAGGAACUCUUUGUGCCAUUUUUGCAACCCCUCUGUAAGUCUGAAACUGUUUUCUAAAAUGUUGAAGUCCAUCUCUGUCCUAGUUACAAUGAUCUUCUUGUAUAUUUGAUCCUGUAAGUCUUGCUUUUCUCAUUCCGGUCCUUGGUUCAUCUGGAACUGGUCUUGUGUUUGGCGUCAGGUGUGGAUUUAAUUCUGCGUUUCCUCCACGGAUCGUCAGUUGUUGCACCGAGUAGGAUCUUGUUUGCCCAGCUCUCCGCAUCACCAUCUUAGGCAUGGAUCAGAUCUACAGAGGAGGGGGAUUCCUUACAGACCGCCAAGGAUAAGGAACACAAAGGUGAAGUUCUGUGACGAGGGCUCCUGGGAAGACACAGCACACGCUUCCGAGACCCCCUGCCUUUUACUCUGGGGUAUGGCGUCUGGGUGCAGCAAGAUCAAUGGGACCUUUCACCCAUGAGUUAGCAGCUCAUUUCAGGGCUUUCAGUCAUGCCCUGCUUGACUUGGUGCUUCUGACUCUUGUACUUUGUCAGACCAGGCCUGCUCAUACUGUCUUUUGAACCACACACAGUUCGUUACAAAAGAACGUAGAGAUGAAGUUUUCUAGCCUUCCAAUUGACAGCUAAGAAAACUUGAGUUCUCAGCAAAUUGACGCAAGAACAGAAAAUCAAACACCGCAUGUUCUCACUCAUAGGUGGGUGUUGAACAAUGAGAACACAUGGACACAGGGAGGGGAGCAUCACACACUGGGGUCUGUUGGGGGGAAUAGGGGAGGGACAGCGGGGGGUGGGGAGUUGGGGAGAGAUAGCAUGGGGAGAAAUGCCAGAUACAGGUGAAGGGGAGGAAGGCAGCAAAUCACACUGCCACGUGUGUACCUAUGCAACUAUCUUGCAUGUUCUUCACAUGUGCCCCAAAACCUAAAAUGCAAUUAAAAAAAAGAAAGAAAACUUUAGUUACCCCAUAUAUCCAAGGCUAGAUCCUUGGUUGAUGGAAGAGUUCAGAUCAGCCCCAAUUUCUUGACUCCUAAUUCUGCACUGGGGUUUGUUUUCCCUCCUGUGUUUGUCUUUCCGGUUCUCGACCUCCCUAUCUGCUCAGCCACUCGAGCUGGGAUUUCAGAGGCUCUCUCAGCUGUUCCCUCCCUGCCACUCUGCACUUUGUAUUAUGGCCACACUCCAGUGAUUCCGCCUCUGAAAUCUUUCUUCAAAUGUGCUUUCUCGUUCAUUCCCACGUCCACAGCCCUACUUGAUGCCCUUCUCCGUGCUGGAUAGGAUUACAAGAGUGUCUUUAUGGGCCACCUUGUUUUUUGUCAUUUAUUUCUAAUAACUCAUUCAUUUGCUUGACUACUCUUAAAACGUAAAUUCUCAAGCACAGACCUGGUUGUGGCUUCUUGACAAGAGGUGAUGCUGUAACUUUUUUAGAGUUCCAUUGUCCUCGUGCAGGAUGUGCAGGUUUGUUUCAUAGGUAAACGUGGGCCAUGGUGGUUUGCUGCACCUGUCAACCCGUCACCUAGGUAGGUAUUCAGCCCAGCAUGCAUUAGCUCUUUAUCCUGACGUUCUCAACCAUCGGUCUCAAUCUACCUUCUCUUGUUCAUCUCUUAGCACGUUUCUCCUCUCUUGGCGAUAUUCACGUUGGAAUAUUGGAUGCUCCUAAGAAAUGACACACGUGUCUGGGCCUCUGAUACUUAGCACAUGCUCUGAACACCUGGAACGUACUUACACCAUUUCUACCUAUUGGAAUUAUUUUUUCCUUUUCAGAGUCAGCAAAUGCUGCCUCCUACCCAAAGCCCUCCAGAAUGCCCUAGGUGCAGCUAAUCACUCAUUGCAUUUUAUAUGAUUCUGUUAACCUUUGCUAUAACAAUGGGACUAAUGUUUCUGUAUUUCUUACCAAUCUGUGAGCCCUUAGAGUCUAUAACCAUAUUUUCUUUGUACCUCAGUUGUCUGGCCCACAGAAGACACAUUGUUACGGACUGAAUCCAUAAACCAUAAAAAAUAUCUGCAACACGUUUUUAACAUUUAAACUGUCUUACUCUGACACAUCCAUACUUUGGCAUUGCUUACUACAGAAGUCAGGGUACUUGUGGCAAUGACAGAAAUUCUAUCUGCAUAAACCUAGAUAAGAGACGAGUAUGGGUUCACAUGGCUUGCUGUGAAAAGCGCAAGGUGACAGCCGACUUACUGGGCAGCUGAAAACAAGGACUCAAAUAUGCUCAGAGCUCUCUACUCCAGAUUCUGCCCUGCAUACUGGCUUGAUUCCUUCCAUGGAUUUUCUUCCACGGCAGUUCUGAACCAGUAUUAACAGCAACGGGUCAGAGAAGAAAGAGCUUUUCUCUUACAUCCAGUGUGAAUCAUUUUGGAGGACUCUGAUGGGCUGAAUUUGGGCAAAUGCCUGCCUCUCAACCAUCUGGGGAAGUCGAGUCCGCUAAGGGAAUGAACAAAUACAGCUAAAAUAGGGAAGAAAGCGCAGACACCCCUCAGAAUAACAGGGAUGACACUGAUUAUGAAGUAGACAGUCCUUUCCCCCAAGUUUGUUUCCAUGUAGAGGGUAGGAGACAGAAAACGACUUUGUUCUGUGGAGUCAGAGUGUGGACAAGGGAAAAGCAGAGUAUUUGCGCAGUCCGCUGAAAUACUUGACAAAGUGAAUGCCUCUCCCUCUGAUGAAGUUAUUCCAUCUUUUGGGCAAUGUCUUUGAGCUUGACAAGUACCAGGAACUUUAAUUGAAAAUUACUUUGGGAAUCUUGCCAGACAUUACAAAUUAAAAAUAAGAAAACCCUUCUCCUGGGUCAGGAGUGUAACAGGCCCCAUGUCAAAUGUCAUUACCCCACGUGCAUUCUGGGGCUGUGCAGGUGGGAAGCUAAGUGUUGAUUGCAUAUUUUAGCCCAAGAAUAAUUUCCUGAAUGGCAAUUUGUUCCUUUACUUGAUGAAACUGAGGUUUUCAACAGCAGUAAAAGGCAGUCUUUCCAGAGUGUAUUUCCAUGGGUUAUGAAGAUUGAUUACGCAGCUUAAUGAGAGAUUCAUUAUUUGGUUAUUUGGGCCAUGAUUUAUUAAAAAAAAAAAAUAAGGUAAAAAGCUAAUGAUUUCCAGUUAGAAAGGCUUGUCCCCUGAACAGUGGUAUUUAGCUCAGCAUUGCUGCUAAUUGAUAGGGCAAGGGGUGGGGGGGAUGUUGGGGGGGUGGGGGGGAAUGGGGAGCCUGGAGACCAAGGCCUGCUUUAAGCCGAGCCACUGGCACUUUCUUGGAUGGCAAAAGGCGCCCCUAAUUGCUUUGGAUCUCAGAACUGCGUCCCCCUCCUCACUGCCCCAGGCUUGAGGGGGUUGGAAUGUUGAUUGUGUAGAAGAGUAACAGGUUGGGGGCAGGGAAAAGGCUUGGCCAGGGCGAAACGGAGGCCCAGAGAAGACACAGAGCCUAGAAAGGACGCAGGGAAAAGCAGAAGGCAGAGAGCUGUGAGGAGGGAAAGGAGAGGAAGAACUAAGGAGGACAGUAUGCCUGGGUCGGUGUGAAGCAGAGGGGGCGAGGUGGGGUCCUACGGAAGGGCUCAGACCCAGGCAGCAGAACGCGAGAUGGGAGUGAAGACCGAGGUCAAAGAGUUGCACGUGAGCCUCAGGUCGUGUGCGGGUGUGUGUGUGUGUGUGUGUGUGUGUGCGCACGUGUGUCUGCGUCUGCAGGGCUCUCAGCGGGACUCGGGCUGCCCGUGUGGACCAUGCCCAGCUGCAGAGAGGGGCAGCUCUCUCAGGCCACACACACUCUGUAACUGACCUUUUCAGCCACUGCAAUUGUAAAGACCCUCCCUUUAGAAAAACAGACAAACCAGUCAACCUGUUCACAGCUUUGGGAUAAAACAAAAAACGAACCAAGAAGAAAGGGUGGGAAAGGGUGGGGCGGGGCACUGGGGAGGAGGAUUGUAUGUCAAGGAGGAAACUUGCAGCCAAGAGGUUCCAGACACAAGAAAAAUGAAUUGUCGCUACCCUUGCGCGCAACACCUGCCUCUGCGAUGGCGUCCCUGCCCUCUGACCCUUGGCAGGGACAAAGAAGCACCAAGAAAGAGCCUGUUGCUGAGGCCUCCUCUUGGCGGGAAGCUCAGGGUGGUGAGAAUGAAGGGGUAGACAGGAAAUCUUUUGUUUCUUGAUAGAAACCAGCCCUAGAUACUCGAAAAUUGCCAGAGAAAUCCCAGAGCAAGAGCUGAGACGGUGAUGACCGUAGUUACGAGAUUGUUUAGCUGGGAAGCGGCUGGGACUUGAGAGUCAUGAACUUAAACCUUCUAAGAACCACGCAGGGCAAUAUUUGUUACUGUUCCAUUUUAUUUUAUUUUAUUUGAAGCAGGUGCUAGCCUUUCUCUUCUACCUUGGAGGAAACCAAGCCUCACGAGAGCUGGGUGUCUCGUCCAAGGUCUUGACUCUGGGAGGUGAGGAGUCAGGUUGGCUCUAAAUCUCCAACUCUUUGCUUCACACCUUGCUACCCUCCAGCCUGUGCAUUAGUCAGUGACCAAACAGGUCAGUGUGCAUUUGGACACACGUUUAUUGGACUGGAGAACCGUUCACCUCCAUCAGCUGCUUUCACUUAAAGGCCACACAUGGGGCAGAGCAGGGGUCCCAGAGCAGAUGAACAGUAGGUGCUUCAGGUAGCGGAGGAGCAUGGAAACACCUUCUAAAUAGGGUCUCUGGAAUUUGGAAACCCAGCUUUGCUGGCCACCCUGUCUCACGGGAGGGUUCCUCUGACCCUGCCCCAGAUCAAAGCAUCAGGGCACUAUUGAAGGGAGGGGUGGCUUUCUUUCCAGGCUGUAGGGGAGCAAAGAACUCCAUCACUGUGAUCAGGGAGCGGGGAGCAAUGACAUGCAGGGGAGGCCCUCCAAGGACAACCCCACCUUUAGAACUUCAAAGGAACCCAAACGAGGAGAAGCAGAGUCAUGGGGGAUGGGACAUCCUUUAUUCCUUCGAGAUGAUCCCAACCCAGUUUCCACAGUCAUGCCUUGAAUUCCUUCAGCAUUCUUACAUUUCUUUAUUGUGUCUCAGGGAAAAUCCUGGACUCUCAACACCCAGGAAUCUCAUUUUUAAAGUUAAAAUUAGGAAGUUCAGUCAAAGGCUUCUUUAAAAAGAAUCCAUUUUCUUUCUUUCUUUUUUUCAUAGGGGCUGUGUGGCAGGGACUUGUAAAGAAUCCAUUUUCUUUCUUAAGUACUACUCUGUAGUAACAAAUCGCAUUAUUUGCUGUUUGCCGUGUCUCUUAAGAUUUGCGCAAUAUAAUUUCUUUUUAAGUCCAUAUGGGAUGGGAAGAUUGUUUUUUCACACUUGAUGCAUGUUACAGUUUACUGUGGAGGAAAGGAAGACUUGGUGAGGAUUUCUUUGGAAGUGAGAAAUGUAGAGCUGCCUCUUCCGGUGCAUUUUCAAGUGGCAAAGGCAGUAGGUGACACGGAGUGCCAAGAAGAGGCUGGGCAGUGUCAGUGAGACUGUGCUGCGCGUUCACAGUCCAGUUGGCUUUUAUUCAUCAAACUAUAACUGGGAAACUUAGAUUGCAACAUACAAUGGGGGAUGACGUCAGCAACAUGGUAGACUACCAUUAAUUACUCCCCCACCCCCAACAAAAGUAACACUAGAAAGUAUUCAAAGAGCAGAACGCCACCCUAAAUUAACUAGAACCUGGGGGGAAGCAGAGAAUCCUUCCCAGCCCACAGAAUCAAGAGAAGCCUAGACUGAGAGCUAGAAGACAGGGUCUUGAAAAUUACCACCAUGAAGAGGUGAUCAAGGGUUGAGGUGACGGCCACACUACCCUGAUUUGAAUGAUUGUACGAUGCCCACGUGUGUUGAAAUUUCACACUGCAGACUCAAAGCACACAAAAUUAUGUCUCGGUUAUAAAACAAAGGUCAAAUAUUCAAAAAUAAAGGUGAGAAUUAGGGCAAGACACGCACAGAGGAAAGACGAUAUGAAGACACUAGAAGACAGCUGCUAUCUGCAGGCCAAGGAGAGAGGUUCUCGGAAGAACCACCAGCUAUCACCGUGGUGUUGGACUUAGAACAGUAAGAACAUACACUGCAGUUGUGUAAGCCACAAGCCUGCAUACACAAUGAUCCCCCCACCCUGCCCAAACAAUCAGAAAAAAAAGACACGGAGGAGAGCACAUCGGCCAUGGUAUCCAAAACAGGUGUAUCUGUUCUGUGCGACUUUUUUUUUUUUUUUUGAGACGGAGUUUCGCUCUUGUUGCCCAGGCUGGAGUGCAAUGGCGCAAUCUCGGCUCACCGCAACCUCCGCCUCCUGGGUUCAGGCAAUUCUCCUGCCUCAGCCUCCUGAGUAGCUGGGAUUACAGGCACGCGCCACCAUGCGCAGUUAAUUUCUGUAUCUUUAGUAGAGAUGGGGUUUCACCAUGUUGACCGGGAUGGUCUCGAUCUCUUGACCUCGUGAUCCACCCACCCGCCUUGGCCUCCCGAAGUGCUGGGAUUACAGGCGUGAGCCACCGCGCCCAGCCCUUUUUUUUUUUUUUUAAGUUGGAUGAGUUUGAAUCGCUAAAGGCUAAGACUGUGCCCUUUUGGGCCUAUGCUGUAUUCCCAGGCUCUAGCACCGGGCUUUCGUUGUGUGGCUGGACUGCCUGUGCCCUGCGCCGAGCUGCCUGGCUGUUGGGGGUGAGGUGCUGACAUGCAGCCUAUUCUCAGCUUGUCAAGCCAAGAGGCCUGGGCUGCCUUCUUCCUAACUCACACAGUCUGGCUUAGUGGAAGCUGGGGGUAACGUGGCACAGCGUCUGGUAUAUCAAUUGUUAUUUUAAAAAAUUAACUGGCUAGGCCGGGUGCGGUGGCUCAUGCCUGUAAUCUAGCACUUUGGGAGGCCGAGUCGUGUGGAUCACCUGAGGUCAGGAGUUUGGGAUCAACCUGACCAACACGAUGAAACCCACACCCAGUCUCCACUAAAAAUACAAAGAUUAGCCAGGUGUGGUGGUGCCAGGCUGUAAUCCCAGCUACUAGGAAGGCUGAGGCAGGAGAAUUGCUUGGACCCAAGAGGUAGAGGUUGCAGUGAGCUGAGACCACACACCAUUGCACUCCAGCCAGGGCAAUAAGAGUGAGGCCGAGGCGGGUGCAUCACGAGGUCAAGAUAUCGAGACCAUCCUGGUCAACAUGGUGAAACCCCGUCUCUACUAAAAAUACAAAAAAUUAGCUGGGCAUGGUGGCACGUGCCUGUAAUCCCAGCUACUCGGGAGGCUGAGGCAGGAGAAUUGCCUGAACCCAGGAGGCGGAGGUUGCGGUGAGCCGAGAUCGCGCCAUUGCACUCCAGCCUGGGUAACAAGAGCGAAACUCCGUCUCAAAAAAAAAAAAAAGUGAAACUGUCUCAAAACAAAACCCUGUCUGAUCUUGUGCAAGCCAUGAAAACUGUCAGUUUGUUUAUCAGUUAAGUUUGUAGUAUUUACAGAUGCUUAUUUUACAGGACAACUGGAAAAUUAAGAUUAAAAACAGAAUAUGCUUCGCAAAGUCCUAUAUGACGAAGAUAUUACUGUUUUAGGGUUGCAAAACCCACAGAACUUCUAUGUUAUCGGUAACUCCCAAGUCCAUCGUCCAUACCAUCUCCAAAUUUAUAGCUCUAUUUUGAUAUGCCCCAAAUUUAGGUUCUCCAUGAAAAAAAGCACCAUUUCCAAUGCACCCUCCAGUCUCAUUAACCAAACCCAUAGAACCUUGGUCAUUAUUUUCUUUCCUACGUGGAAAUCGGAAGAAGAGCCUCCCGGAAAUAAUUGCUGUUGUGCGAUAUUAGAAAUAUUUUAAUGGUGACAGCUUGGAAAUGCUUUAACUUUUAAAUACGUAAACCAAAUAAUAAAUAAACCCUUGUGAUGAAUGUUUCCAGAAGGGACGAUUAACAUUAUCCUUACAGCUGUUCAUGAUAUAAUACCAAAAUGGAAACCAUGCACGAGAAGAGCAGCAAGCCCGUGCUGACUUCACGUCGCUUUUGUGCAAGCCGCUCUGAUGUGAAGACAUCCGCGGUAAGACUCCACCGGCGAUAUUUCAUCUGAUCAUCAUUGAGGCAAACGGCAACAAUCCUCACGAGGCCACUUCAGUUCACUGACAGCAUCAGUCAUUUCAGUUACUGCAAAUGGGACCGCUUGAAAUGAUGCUAGCCGGGUCUCUCUGUGGCCCAAAAGGAAAAUGAACCUCUUUUUUAAUAAAAAUUUUCAUGUUUUAUUUUCGAGGGAGGACAUAAUAGUAGCUUAGAAAGAGAUAUGUUGGGUUUGUGUGGAGAACUUAGAAAAUAAAAUCAAAACAAGAAUGUGCACAAUAUGUUACUGAUUUAACUCUUUCCCCGAACUUUUAAAUUGUUAGAAUUCCUGUUUACAUCAAAGGUAGUUUUAAAGAAGAGAAGGUACAACUAUAAUUUUAAAAAAUCCCUAAUCUUAGUAGUCAAUAAUUUAUUAGCAGAAUUCCCCAGCAACUUAUAAUUUUAUGAGAAUAAUAAUAACUACCAUAUGUGGCCUGCUUGCUCUGUGCCAGACCCUGCAUUAGAUGGCCCUAAAUGCCUUAUCUGCCUGAACCUUGUGGCAGUCCCCAGAGGUAGGUACUAUUUCUCUCAUUUGGAAACUAGCACAGACUGGUUGCUGAGCAGGACUCCAGCCCAGGGUCGAAUGACCCAAAAUACUGUUUGCCUACCCUGGAAGUUUACACGCCUUCAUCAGGGAAGAGAUUGCUCUUGGGAUGAUCUCAGACUCAAGAUGCCAUAAAAUUUGUAUUGAUGAUUCCUUUUCUUUCCAUCAGUUAGAAUUUCUACUCUUGAAGCUCAUUGAUUGUUAUUCUCAUGGCAUUAAAGUCUUCACCAUCUGG